AAAGGGGGAAUGAGAGAGAGAGAGAGAGAGAGAGAGAGAGAGAGGGCGCAGAAGGAGGACCAAUCUUGGGAGGGAAAGGUAUUAGGAACAGCUGCUCUAGCUUUUGCUCCCGCUCGCUUCCCAACGCACAAACCCGCUGCCAAAAGCAGCUCCAGGAGCCAACAAGCAUGGGCAAAAGUCCCCCUUUACCCCUGAGAUCAGGCUGGCUCCAUCUGUUGACAGCGGCGGCGUUUUGCAUCUGGGGGUCAGAAGCCAAGGUAACCCCGUGGGGAUGUUUACGUGGUGGGCGGGCGGGGAUGGGGUGCUCUCUUUCGGGUCCCCCUCCUUCCUUCCUUCCUUCUGGGUAGAUUUCUCCCUCUUAGUGAGGGGUGGCGGGGCACCCUUAAAACUCCCAACUCCAGCGGUAGGUGAUGCGUGGGGAGUGGGGGGCUCAUAACGCCGAGCCACAAAGUGUGGGGUUGGUGCGUAAUUGCGUUUUCUCUUCAACCGGGGACGGGGGGGGGGACGGGGAGUGGGGGGGGGUUGGUGGGUUGGCUUGUCCAGACAUGCCAGGAUGUUUUUGUUUUUCCAGCGAGUGGUGGUUGUGCUGGGGGAUCUGGAAGAGAAGGAAACGCUUUGAUUUGCAAAUUGUGCCCAUGUGUGAAAAAUAAAAAAAAAAGGUGGGUGGAGAGCGGGAGGCGGCUACCGCCUUUCAAGUCAGCGAGGGGAGAUGUUUAUGAUUUUCUCUGCCCGAGAGUGGAGAGCAGCGUACACGGUCGCCUUUUAUUCUCACCCCGUUGACUCUGGUCUUUUUCUGUUUUUUGGGUUUUUUGGUUUUUUAAACUAUGCUACGCGGAAAAUUUGGAGACGGGGGCGGUGGGCUAUAGAGCAAGGACACACGAGUGUGUUUUCCUCUUUGAUCUGUCACGUGUACCCCUCCCCCGCCCGCCCCGCUCUCCUUUUAAUUAAGUUGCAAGGAAGGACCUGACCACCUCAUAUCUAAAAGGCUUUUCACGCUCUGGAAUCGGUGCCUUAGAUGGAAAUCCCGAUUAAAACAGGUGAGGGGGGGGCGAGGCAGAGCUGCUCAGAUGAGCCUGUUGAGCUAAUUAAUUUGGUCCUCUGGCCACAGAUAACAGAGGAUGGCUUUUGCUUUGUUUUCAAGGACUCGGAGGUCUGAAACUGUACCUGCUACCUCCUGCCUUCCUCCUACUUUCCUUUUUAGGCAAACAGGUGCUUCAGGCUUUUGUACAGUUUCAAAAACCUGUGUGAUCUGUUUGACUGCUGUUCUCACACUGUUGCUGCCAACGUGGGGCGAAGUCUGUUGCCCACGAGGUAUUUUGGGGGACGGUUUCCAUUAUCCUUGACUGUAAGUCAUGCUUUAUAAGGCUAAUCAGGGGCGGACAUGGGUCAUCUUUUGUAAUAUGGCGCCCUGUGCAAGGCCAAAAUUUGGCACCCCAAAAUGGAUUUUUUGCACCCCUUGGCUUGGUGCCCUUUGCAGAGGAACAGCCUGCACCACCCUAAAUCUGGCGCUGGACCAGUGAAGUGAGGAGCUGAAUAAAAUAUGAAGGGCCACUGGUUCUCGAUUCCUGUCUUUAAAGAGAUUGUAAGAGGCAAGUGUCAUAGGCUAAGCAUUUGUUCCAUCGCUGAAAUUUGGCAGUGAAAAUGGCAGGGUUCGUGAGUGUGUGUGUGUUUAAUUUUUAUACCAUGUUACAUUUCCAGUAAGGCUUUCAGAGGCAAGAGAAAAUAAAACAUUACAAAUCAAAAUCAAAAUAGAAUAAAGAUCCAUGUUUAAAGCAGCAUGAUUAACAGGAAGAACUACAGUUCCCAGGAUUCUUUGGGGGAAGCCAUGUGCUUUGAAGGUGUGUUGGAUGUGCUAUAAAAUGUAUGGUGUGGAUUGGCCUACGUUCCAUUGGUGCAUAUUAUUUUGUCAACAGAACAAGUGUACUGCUAAAUGACUUUAACUUAGCUCUACCUUGGAUACAACCUAAUGGUCCAAACUAUAAAUGAUGUUGAUUACAUUUUAAAAAAAUAAAUACGCAGAUUAAUUCAUGUAAACAGUAACCUCAGGGAAGCCUUAACAACUUUGGGACUGUGAGGAGUAAAAUUUUAACUCUUUUCUAUCCUUGACAUGCUCCUGACAAAAAUCCUCACUCCAAAACUGCUAUUUGCAUUUGUAGUGACCAUUGGCCCCGUUCAGAUGAAAUGGUAGAAGCAGCUUCUGAGAGCCAAUUUUGUCAGGAUUUGGAAAGAAAGAGUUAAACGCCACUCCCCACUCAGGCUUCCCCCCUAUGCUGCUGUAGAUAUAAACAAGCACACAUGUCAAUUGCAUUAGCACAAGUAACACCUUGUCUCCAUUGAGAGUUCCUUGAUUUUGACCAUGUAUGCAUAGGAACUCAUUGGGUCUGCCUCAAGGGCACAACCUGCUUUAAGUUUCUAGAGUUGAAUUUAUUAUCCCAGAGGAGAAAGUGAGUGAUGUAUUAUUGGGUGGUAACUGAAGUUGUGUUUUUUUGCUGCCAAGGGUCAGAGUCUGGAUUAUAUUUUCUGAAGGUUUGUAAGGUUUAUUAAUACGACUCGGUGUGAGAGACUGAAUCAGUUUACUGUGAGAGGAUUUUUAGGACCCACCCAGUUUUUUUGAUUGUACGCUGUUUCAAACUGUUUUUUUAAUAUUGUGCUUAAAUUGUUGUGAUCUGUCCCAGUAACCUGCCCCAGGACCUUAGGGUGAAGAACAGAUUAACAACAACCAACUAUGUCCAACUGGGUGGGAGAUGAGAAGGGAACAUUUAUAUUGCUGUCUGUAUGGUGCGGUAUUGCCCUAGAUAGAGGUGGGUGAAUUAACUGGUUGUAUUUAAUGCUGCCUAGGAUUUUGUGUGUGCCAGAUGUUAGCUUUGCAACAAAUAGCUGGCUGCGUACUAGCUGUAUUAUGGGUACUGUGGUAGUUGGGAAUAGUUGAGGGUGAGGUUUGUGUGCAGAGGACUGCCAGUGAUGUAUUUGGGAGAUGUUUUUGUGGGUGGGUGACGUGUGGGUGCAGCUCCUACCUCAGUUAUUUUGUUUACCCACGAAUGGAGUUUGUGCUGUGUUUUCAUAUUUGACUUUUUAUUUAUUUUUUACUUUUUCUGUUUAAGAGAACAUUGUAUUCCCCUUCACAGAGCUACAAUUCGCAGUCACUUAAGAAGCCACAGUUCCCAGGAUUUUUUCCAGGGAACUCAUUGGCUUUGAAUGUGCAUUGCACUCUAUCAAGCGUCCAUAUGACUGGACAGAUGGCUUUUGAAGAGGAGAAAGUAAGCAGUCUGGGGUCUUUUUUUGGCCUUCAUGGUUUUGACAAGAAAUAACAUUGGCUUUUUCCUUUUAAGACUUCACAAGCCAUUAAUCUUGUGGCUGUGAAGUUUUCUUUCUUUUUCUUUUUCUUUGUUGGAAACACAAUCAUUUUGAGUCAUGAAUAUGAUUUCAACAUUGGUCUGUUUAAAGACCAUUGCACAGCUUUGCAGCACAUCUAAGCAUGGCUCUGAGAGCUAAAAAAUUAGUUUCUGUCAGAGCCUUCUGAUAGACCUCCCUAUCCCUAUUCAGACAAAUAAAAAGUAUAAUUUCCUGCUUUGGAGCUUUGAUUGGACAAACCACUAAGCGUGCAAAUUUAUUUUUAAAAGAUUUAUUGGCUAGGCCUUCUUCCCACAGAGGUGGUAAACCUGUGACUGGACUUUACUACUUUCAGUUGCAGGCCGGGACGCAUAUGAUAGGAUGUGAGGGUGAUCUGGCUGCGACAUCUGUCACCCCAUUGAUCGCCAGGGUUGGUUUGGCUGAUCUGACCGGCUAGGCGGGUGUCCCUUCCCCUCCCUCCCUGCUCCUUGUGCGUCCCUCCCAAAACUGCCUGCUCCGUGGAAGAUGAAGACCAUCCCAGAUAGAAGGAGCCUACUGUUUUUCAGUCAAGGGUGUACGAUAGAAUGUGCCUCCAUGUAAAAAUAAAAAUCCUUUGUGUGCACAGAAAGCUAGCAGAUCAGGGAGAAGACAUGGUCAGAAACUCCCCCCCCCCCCGAAAGGCUACUGUUCUGUAUGCAUGGAGUUUUAUAUAACAGAACUUUCAUUUAUGAGAGUCCUCAUCUGCAUAUCUAGGAAAACUGUAGUUUCCCCCCUCAUGGGGCUAGAAUUUGCAGUUUCCUUAGCAGACUACAGUUCCCAUGAUUCUUUGGAAAAGUCACUGGCUAUAAAUAUGGCAUGGAUCUGCCUGUUAUUGCACAAGAGAAUACAUAAGCAGGUUUCUGGCUGUUGCAAAUGGAUUGCAAAUAGAUUGUAGAAUCUUCUGCACAAGUUCCUGCUAGGAGAGCUGUUGUGCUGGAUGCCCACCCACUAGUUUGCGCAAGUCUGUAUAGCAUCCUUCCCCAAGUUGAUGCCCUCCAAAUGUUUUGGUCUGUAACUCCUCACUGGGGGAGACUGCCAUAUAUGAUAACACUGUACACCCCAAUCUUAUAUAUGUGUACUUGGCAGUAAACUCAAUCGAGCCUAUUCCCAGGUGCACUGGAGUGCAGCCCUAGUUAUAUCACCUUAAUUUGGCUCUGAAUAUUGUUGCUUGUAUAUCUUUCCAAAUAAUCUUUGCUACAUGAACUAGGUGGAUCCUAAUGAAAGAUGUAUUUGGAGACACCAUCAGAGAAACCAGUCUCAAAAAACUUAUCACAUUCAUCCCAGGUCAUUGUGAAAAUAAAUUUGGCCAAUAGAUUGUACUGUAGAGAUAGGGUAUCUCCUGUAUGUGCAGGAAGUCCCAGGUCCAUGUCUUUGCAUCUCCAGGUAGGACCAGGGAAGAUUCCUGCCUGAGUCCCUGGACAACCAACAACAAGCCAUUGCUUCAGCUUGUGGUUUGUUGAAAGUAAACACACUAUAGUUAAGCCACUGGCAGCAUUCAGGCAUAAUUCUAAACCAUAGUUUUGGGUUAUGUGCAAACCAGACCACUGUGUACCAGACCCAGAAAAUCCUGUUGGCACUACAUACUCGGUGUAAACCCUGACAGCGUUUAUUUCAACCCACUCUUUGCAAAAAAAAGAAAAAUGUCAGGUUAAAUUUGUGGCUAUACACAUGCCACAUAGUAUAUGCAAACUUGGCCAGUGCCCCAAGUCUAUUAAGGGAGACCCUCCACACCCCAGGAGAAACAAGUAAGUCCCACAGAGAUCCCGUAAGGCUAUCCACUAGCAUAUGUAUGUAGUUGCAUCUUUAUAAAAGUGAAAAUAUCCUCACAAUUUGUUUAGAUCUGUGGUUCCCAAACUUUUCUUCCCACAGACCAUGGGGAAAUUGUUGAGGGUUUUGGUGGACCACUUGAUGGUUUUUCUGGGUGGAAUUCGACUAAGGUUUACUCAGAGUAGACCCAUUGAAAUUAAUGGGCCCAACUUAGCUGUGUUCAUUAAUUUCAGUACAUAUGUAGUUGCAUACUAACCUCCGCCUGUCGUAGCAAUUGCAAUACUCUGCAACUUUAUUUUAUUGCUUGUUUUGUUUCUUGCCUGUUACUUUGCUGUAUUUCAAAUUGAAUUCUGUAGCGUUCAGGUUGUAACACAGCAGAAUAUUAUGUGAGAAGUGGAGGAGGCAAUGGAUGAACAACUGCAAAUCUAUAUGAAUAUUUGAUGUGACUGAUGGGCUGUCUCCUGUCUCCAACCACAAAUCCACAAAAACAGCACAGACCACCAUUGGUCCACAGACCACUGUUUGGGAACCCCUGGCUUAGAUGGUCUGGUGUGGUUUCUCAGGCUCACAGUAGCCAUAUGAUGUGGGUUAGGUCGAGAGGUGGGUGAUCCUAAGGACACCCAGUGAGGUUGACAACCGAGCAGGAAUUUGAAACCAGAUUUCUCUAUCUAUACGUCUUGUUUUCCAUAUACCAUGCUGCCUUAAUUAGCAGAAGCAGUGCCAUAAUUGUGGAGCAUAACGCUCUCUCUUUUUAUGAUCAUGCCUCAAGGUUCAUUCUUCCCUCCUCUGCCCCACUGAAUGGCUGAUUGGAAAACUGGGUCCAAUUUAUUUUUGGGGAAUUCUGUUUUUUAUUAAGAAAAAUAAAAUAAAAAUAAAACCACAAUAUGUUGAUUCCAGGAGGAGGAAGCACAUAUGCAUAGUUGAAAUUAAAUGCUUCCUGCUAGCUCCUAAGUGUGGGGCAGUGUUGUUAUCUAGAGUGCAGGCUUUUAAGAAGCCUGAAUUCAAAUCCCCCCAGGGACACCACUUAGGUAGGGCAGGAAAUGCAGUCUCCCCUCCGCCUCCUUUCUUUCAGACCACAUGCAAUGGCUUCUUAAAGGAGUCUGUACCUCUUUCUCCUGCUGUUGUGAACGUAAUAGUCACUACAAAGAAGAUUGCAGAACUAAAUAUAUUUCCUAGGGAGUAUGUUCAAUUGGGAAGGGAUGCGGGUGGUGCUGUGGGUUAAACCACAGAGCCUAGGACUUCCUGAUCAGAAGUUCGGCGGUUCGAGUCCCCGCGACGGGGUGAGCUCCCGUUGCUCGGGCCCUGCUCCUGCCAACCUAGCAGUUCGAAAGCACGUCAAAGUGCAAGUAGAUAAAUAGGUACCACUUCAGCGGGAAGGUAAACGGCGUUUCUGUGCGCUGCUCUGGUUCGCCUGAGGCGGCUUAGUCAUGCUGGCCACAUGACCCGGAAGCUGUACGCUGGCUCCCUCAGCCAAUAAAGCGAGAUGAGCGCCGCAACCCCAGAGUCGGCCACGACUGGACCUAAUGGUCAGGGGUCCCUUUACCUUUUACUUCUAAAGGUGGGUGGCGUAAAUGGUUCUAAGUUGUUUUGAUUUGGUGGUUUUUUUAUAUAUAAUAGCUUAUUUAAUUGUUAUUCAAUAUUUAUAAUGGAUUGGUGUGCAAUUCUGUGGCAUCUUGUGAGCCACCUUGGGUUCUGCACUGGGAGAGUCGGCCACGACUGGACCUAAUGGUCAGGGGUCCCUUUACCUUUACCUUUAAGUUCAAUUGGAGUAAGGGGUGACAUGAGAGAGAUGUUUCUUUUCUCUUCCUCAAAGCACUAGAACUCACGGACAUUCAAAGAAGCUGAAUGUUGGAAUGUUGGAAGAACGUCCUGCAGCACAGUUAAACUAUGGCACUUGCUCCCACAGGAGACAAUGAUGGCCACCAGCUUAGAUGGGUUUAGACAAAUUAAUGGUGGAGAGGGCUAUUGAUGGCUGCUGGUCAGGAUUGCUAUGCUUCCUCCACAGUCAAAGGCAGUAAUGCUUCUGAAUACCAUUUGUUAGGAAACGCAGGAGGCGGAGAGUGGUCUUGUGGGCCCUGCUGGUGAAUUUCCCAUGGGCAUCUGGUUGGCCACCAUGAAAACAGGAUGCUGGACUAGAUGGUCUGAUCCAGCAGGCACUUCUUAUGUUCUCAGAUCCUCCAGGUGUUCCUAUUUUCCAGGGACAUCCUUGUUUUAGAGAAGCCGUUCCAGUUUCUGAUCUGAUUCUGGAAUGUCCCACUUUUCCUUAGGAUGUCCCUAUUUUCAUUGGAGAAAAGUGGGAGGGUAUGGAGUUAUCCUGUACAGCGGUACCUCGGGUUAAGUACUUAAUUUGUUCCGGAGGUCCGUUCUUAACCUGAAGCACCACUUUAGCUAAUGGGGGCCUCCUGCUGCCGCUGCGCUGCCAGAGCACAAUUUCUGUUCUCAUCCUGAAGCAAAGUUCUUAACCCGAGGUACUAUUUCUGGGUUAGCGGAGUCUGUAACCUGAAGCGUAUGUAACCUGAAGCAUAUGUAACCUGAAGCGUAUGUAACCUGAGAUACCACUGUAUAGGCAAGGUUUUUUUCAAAAUGUUUAAUGUUUUAUUAUCAGCCCAGCAAGACAACGACAAAAAUCCACCAACAGCAUACAAAUCAAUAUGGCUAACCUGAUCCAAAACACCCACCCACCCCACUCACACAUGAAAACAAAGUUCACCACAGCCAAUCACAAACAAACAACCACACUCUAGGCCAACCCCAACCUCUCUCACCACCAAAGGAACACAAGUGAAUAGCAGAGAACCUGCAUAAGCGACACUGACACACAACCCCACAUAUAUUAAGUAUAAUAGAAACAUUGCCACCUGACCCCACCCCCACACCUCCCGCCCUCUUUCCCCCUCUUCUUCCUAAUGUCUCAAUAAAUGAAAUUGAUCUGUAAAAAAUGUUACUUGGAAAAAGAGAGAGAGAGAGAAAGAGACAUUGCACAUACUUUUGUAAACCAAGAAAAUCCUUAAUAAAAUACAUUUGAAAAUAAAUAUAUAACCCUAUUCACUAAAAAAAUUAAAAUGUUUUAUUAUUUUUUUUAUGUAUGUUGGAGGCUGCCCAGAGUGGUUUGGGCAACCCAGGAAGAUGGGUGGGGUAUAAAUAGUAAAAUUAUCAUUAUGGAAUGGGACGUCCCUAUACAGUGGUACCUCGGGUUAAGUACUUAAUUUGUUCCAGAGGUCCGUACUUAACCUGAAACUGUUCUUAACCUGAAGAACCACUUUAGCUAAUGGGGCCUCCUGCUGCUGCCAUGCCACCGGAGCACGAUUUCUGUUCUUAUCCUGAAGCAAAGUUCUUAACCUGAAGCAUUAUUUCUGGGUUAGCGGAGUCUGUAACCUGAAGCGUAUGUAACCUGAAGCGUAUGUAACCUGAGGUACCACUGUAUAUGAAAACAAUGGUCAGGGUUGAUGGGAGUUGUAGUCCAAAACAUAGGGCACGGCACAGGUUCCAUAUCCCGGCCUAAGGCAAAGGAUGGGAUAAUAAUGUAAAUAACAUGAAGCAGAAGAAGGAGAGAGAAUGUCGCAGGCAGUCUAGGGCUGGUUGCGCUUGAAGCAAGAGAGAAAGUCUGCUGUGUAUUUUUUCCAUGACGGAUCACUCCCGAGCUCAGUGAAGUAUUAAAAAAUUUCAACUCCGAAACUAUGUCCAUCAAUUAGCAAAGAAUGCAGUCUGAUUAAUAAAGUCUAUGACAUUUCAGCUAUUAAGUCUGUAAAAGCAACUGGCAGUGGAGCCAGAAUCACAGCUUGCUGUACCGAGGUCUCCUGCCAGAUCAACCGACCAAAUAAUGCAAGUUGAAUCCGUACAGCAAAUGAUGCAGCCGGGGCAACAAAAUAGGUGCCUUGGCAUGCAACUGCUGAAGCACUGUUUAUAGCCAGGAAACACUACCACAAUUAGAAAAUCUGGGGGGCGGGCAGGGGAGGAAUGGAUGCUUCUCUUCCAGUAUCUGCUGCUACGCUAGUGAACUGUACCAAGUCAUACUGUUUGGGGUUGUAUGCAAUGUACCACUGCCUUGAAAUCACUUAGGGGUAUAGUUGUGCUAACAGAACAUUGUUGCGCAAGGGAAAAUACAAGUGCAUUACCAAAGUUUACUGUUAAGCAGAUUACACAACUGCUGUGUUGGAUUCCCUUGUUGCACAACCUUUAAAUGUUGCCAUCUGCUGGCGCAACAAAUGGACAUAGGAUACAGCCUUUUGUACACCUAUCCCAAUACAGACUGGCAGUGACUCUCCAGGGUCUCUGAGAGUGGAGGAUAUUACAGCAGGGCCAGCUGCUGUCACACUUGCCUUCUUGCAACCAUUGCAGGAAAUAAGAGCCAACUCCUAGGGGAUGAGGAGUCUUCACACCCCCAAUAAAAUAUUUGAGGGGACCGGGGGCACCCAAGUUGAUAGACAUUGCCAUUCAAAUUGUGUGUGUGCUCGAUGUGAUCGAUUAUGUGGGGCGGGACUUACCUGCCCACUCCAAUAUUUUAUUCAAGAUGGCACCCCUGGUUCAGGGGGUGGCUCUGCUUAUCAUUCGCUCUGGCUCCACCUAGUGGUUGGUCUUCCUGCCUUUCUGUCCUGCCAGUCCCAAUUCCACUGGAGGAGGAGGAGGAGGAGGAGGAGGAGGAGGAGGAGGAGUUUGGACUUGAUAUCCCGCCUUUCACUCCCUUUAAGGAGUCUCAAAGCGGCUAACAUUCUCCUUUCCCUUCCUCCCCCACAACAAGCACUCUGUGAAGUGAGUGGGGCUGAGAGACUUCAAAGAAGUGUGACUGGCCCAAGGUCACCCAGCAGCUGCAUGUGGAGGAGCGGAGACGCGAACCCGGUUCCCCAGAUUACGAGACUACCGCUUUUAACCACUACACCACGCUAGCUUUGGUGUUAGAGCUGGAGAGUCCCCAAAUACAGCAGGACUGGCGUACCACAUUUUUUAGUAAAGAGGGGAAGGACAAGAGAGACCUAAGCCAAGCAUUGCCUUCUGCAUGCAAAACAAGUAUAAAAUCCAGGUGUAGUUAAAAUUCACAAUUAAAAAAAUCAGUCAAGGUGUUAAAAGGAUCCAUAAUUUAAAAAUGCAAUAAAACAAGCCAGUUAAGAAGCAUAGUAAGGAAAACGGUGUAAAAGGCAAUUAAAACAAUUAGAUCACAAGUUCAAAUUCAAUGAAAUGCUUGCCUAAAUGGGCACGUCUUCAGGAGCCGGCAGAAUGCCAAUACUGAUGUGACCUCUCAUAUUUAAGCAGGAAGGGCAUUCACCACCAGUUAAGAAGUCCAACUCUUUGUUACCACAAGCCAAUAAUUGUCAAUCUGUGCCAAAACUGACUGGGUUCCAUUUGAUACGGCCCCAAAAUUGUAAUAACACAAUCAUCAAGCCAAAGGACCAACACAAGCAUGGUGUAGAAUGGAAUUGUAACUCCUUCCCCUCCCCAAAAGCAGAAGACUUAUAAAACAAAAACCUUGGGGUUACACCAGAUAUGUUGAUACCUCCCUCUUUCCCCCCCAUGGCCUUGUUUUGGCUGCAAUCCUGUCAGCGCUCCCCACCUGAAUUUGUUAUUGGAAGGAAUGAUAAGGAGCAAAUACCAAUGAUAUUCACUAAGGUACAUUAUCUGGGGAGGAAAAAACACAGAAAGGGAGUAUUUCACAUCUGAGGCUGCAAUAGGGAGACCCGCAACUGGGAGCUGGGAAAUGGAGACACUGGAGGUGCUCUGUGCAGGACAGAUUAAAGAAGAAACAUAUUCUGCCUCCUUCUGGUUGACAGUUCUAGAUAGAUAGAUUUUUGCAUCAACCACUGGCCUGUAUCAUUUAAAUAUGAAAUACAAACAUAGAAUCAUAGAACUGUGAUGAUGAUGGUGAUGAUGAUGAUGAUUGUUGUUGUUGUUGUUGUUUAGUCGUUUAGCUGUGUCCGACUCUUCGUGACCCCAUGGACCACAGCAAGCCAGGCGCUCCUGUCUUCCACUGCCUCCCACAGCUUGGUCAAACUCAUGUUCAUAGCUUCGAGAACACUGUCCAACCAUCUCGUCCUCUGUCGUCCCCUUCUCCUUGUGCCCUCCAUCUUUCCCAACAUCAGGGUCUUUUCCAGGGAGUCUUCUCUUCUCAUGAGGUGGCCAAAGUAUUGGAGCCUCAGCUUCAGGAUCUGUCCUUCCAGUGAGCACUCAGGGCUGAUUUCCUUCAGAAUGGAUAGGUUUGAUCUUCUUGCAGUCCAUGGGACUCUCAAGAGUCUCCUCCAGCACCAUAAUUCAAAAGCUGCUGGUUUCCGCUGGCAACUUGGGCAGCUUCCAGCACUUAUAAAAACAUAAUAAAACACCAAACAUUAAAGACUUCCUGAUAUUGUAGAGUUGGAAGGGACCACAAGGGCCAUCAUGUAUAAACAAUUAAGGAAAUAAAAUUAUCAAACUAAAAACACCAGCUGUUACAAUCUGUGUACAAAUAAAAACACUACUUCACAGAGAAAGGUACCAAACUCAAUUAGAAUUCUGCUGUAAUUGACUAUAUAGCAAUCUUACAACUGGCAUAUAGGCAUGAUGUUGACCAUUUGUGGACAGCAAUGCCCAUUGAAAAUUCCAGUUUCUAGAUGUGACUGUUGUUGUUAAUAAUAAUAAUAAUAAUAAUAAUAGUGGCCACCUGAAGUUGAUCAACGUUUGGCUCCUCUCUGGUUAUACCAAAUUCCAUAUUCUGGUUUGAGAAUGGAACUGAAGGUGUUCGCUUUUUUAGAAUGCGGAUUUAUGUUUUGGGUUUUCUAUCCAAGCUUGUUUAUAGGAAGCUGCUUUGUACAGAGCCAGACCGCCACCUACCUCAGUAUCAUCUACACUGAGCUGCAGCAGCACUCCAGGGUUUAGGCAGGAAGUCUUUGCCAGCUGGAGACGCCGGUGAUUGAACCUGGGACCUCUGGCAUGCAAAACAGACUCUCUACCACUGAGCUACAACCCUUCCCUUGAUAAGUGCCUAAGCAUAACUUCCCUAUGUAUAGAUGCCUGAUGCUGAUUUGCCGUGACAGCUGCUUUAGGGAACACAGUGUUUGGGGUAUUCAUGUCUCUGUUUUGGUGCCUAAUGAUUUGAGUGCAUGAAGCAUAGCAAUACUCUCUAAUGACGACGGGAAAGGAGAAUUUCUAAAAUUGCAACUACUGACGUGUCUGUGUAUUGUUAUAACAUGCUAAUUGCCUUUUUACCUCAGAAAGGGUAGCCGGUGUGUGUGUGUCAGGGGGCAGCAGAGAGAGAGAAUUUAAAACAGCUAAAACAACUCUGGAGACAAGAGCAGCAUCAAAAACUCUGCAGCAGUUUCUUUUUAAGUCUGAAAAAAUACAAAUCGGAAAAAUUUAUAGUGUGAAGUUGAACACCAUUCAGUAAAGCGUGUGUUGGCAUGGCUCUAGCCAGCGAUAAUAGUCAGCAUCCUACUAAAUAGAUCUGCUAGCACAAGGACUUCAGGCAGUAUGAAGAAAUAUUCCCUCCUUUCCUAUGCCCCCCUAAAUCUGUUCUGAGGGUCCCCACAAACCCUUGGGAAGGGCACAGAGGAAGUACCACUGGACAAGCAGAAAUACUUGCAUUAGCAGAUCUAUUUAGUUGGAUACAGCUCAGUGAGUUUUAGAGCUGGGAACCAUCACUUAGAACUAGGGAUUUAAGAAGGCAUCAGUUUCCAUUCCAACUAUGUUCCAACUGUGCAGUGCUGUUUCCGUUCUGCUGCAGUUCAGUUUCUGGCAAAAUCCACGUUAUUCGUCUUGCUGUCUGCAGUGGCGGAAUUUAAUGUAAGUAAUUGCAUUGUUAUUAAGUUAUCCCAUGCCACUCAUUUAAGUUUGAAGGAAACACAAUGCAAAUGUGUGGGGGGGGCAUCAUAAAUUACAUAUCAUUUGCAGGCUGAAAUCAACAGCAGCAAAUACUGUUUGUAUUCUUUUCCAGACCAUUCUGCAGACGUUGGCAACUUCUGUUUCCAUUUCCAUCCUAAUUCUCUGAUAUCCCUACUUAGAGCAGGGUUUUUUGGUUUUUUUUGCAAAAAAAUUAUUAGUUUUUACAAUAUCAACGACAAAGAAAAACACAAAACAAACAAAACAUAACAAACAUAAAUCAUACCCUUAUUGAAAAUAACAGUUAUUUACUUUGUAAAACGACUUCCUCGUUUCCCCUUAGUUGAAUUUCAUUGCAUAUCCUUAUAACGGUUUUCCAAAUCCCAAUUUUGAUACCCUUUAAAUUAAACAUUAACAUCUUUAAAUCUUCUCCUUCUUGUAUUAAACAUAUUAUUUUAUCAGUUAACAUAAAUACAAUUCUAAGCCCAUUAAGUAUCUGGACGCUAUUUCCAGUUAUUUUAGCUUAACAAAUUUAGCUAAAUAAUCAUUAAAUUUCUUCCAUUCUUCGUGGUAUUCCUCCUCCUUCUGGUCGCGGACUCUUCCGGUUAGAUCGGCUAGCUCCAUAAAAUCCAUCAUCUUCAUCUGCCAUUCUUCUACUGUUGGUAAUUCUUGAGUUUUCCACUUUUUAGCUAACAAAAUACGAGCCGCAGUUGUGGCAUACAAAAAUAGAUUAACAUCUUUCUUGGGCAAUUUCGAACCUGUUAUUCCAAGAAGAAAGGCCUCUGGUUUCUUUAUAAAUGUAUAUUUCAACAUUUUUUUCAAUUCAUUAUAAAUCUUUUCCCAGAAGUCUUUCACCUUGGGGCAGGUCCACCACAUAUGAAUUAAUGUUCCUUCCUUUUCUUUACAUUUCCAACAUGUAUUAUCACAAUUAUGAUACAUCUUUGCUAGUUUUACAGGAGUCAAAUACCAUCUAUACAUCAUCUUCAUAAUAUUUUCCUUUAACAAAGUACAUGCGGUGAACUUAACCCCUUUCUUCCAACUUAGAGCAGGGUUAAUGGGGAAUCUGCAAUCCUUCAGGUGUUACAUACAAAUGUAAGAAUAGUCCACUGUCCUGAAUCUUGCAACAUUCGGCUUCAUUGGAGCUCCACGAGUUCUUGUGUCAUGAGAGAGGGAGAAAAGCUCUACAUAAUUUUAUAAACUUCUAUCAUGUUACCUCUAACUCACCUUUUCUCUAAACUAAAAAGUCUCUAACACUUAGGGUUGCCAUACAUUCGGAAGUUCCCGGACGUUGCCAGGAUUCGGCUGCUGGAAAUCUCUUUAAUUUCAGGAAAAUGUCCGAAGUGUAGAUUUUGGCGAAUUUCCUUAAAAAUUUGCAAAAACCAACAACCCCUCAACAACUUUUGUGUCUGGAUUUUCACUUUUUGAAAUAUGGCAACCCUAGCAGCACUGUAACCUUCCUUUAUACGGCAGCUGUUCCAUCCCCUUGAUCAUUUUGGUGACCUUUUUCUGAACCUUUCCCAACUUGACAAUAUCCUUUUUGAGGUGAGGCAACCAGAACUGUCCACAGUACUCCAGAUGUGGUCAUAACAUAUACAGUCAUACCUCUUGUUACGUUCGGUUCAGGUUACACCUUUUCAGGUUGCGUCCCACGGCGAGCCGGAAUACCGGAUAGGGUUACUUCCGGGUUUCACCGCUCGCACAUGCGCAGACGCACAAAAUGACAUCACCAACAUGCGCAGAAGCGGCAAAUCGCAAGCCGCGCGUGUGCAGACGCAGGUUGCGUUCCUUUCAGGCUGCGAACAGGGCUCUGGAACGGAUACCGUUCGCAACCAGAGGUACCACUGUACUUGUACGAUGGCAUUACAGUAUUGGCCAUUUUAUUUUCAAUUCCUUUCCAAAUAAUCCCUAGCAUGGCAUUUGCCUUUUUUUUUUUUAAUAGUCCCUGCACGUUGGGUCAACAUAUACUGUGACCCCCAAGUCUUGCUACUGAUUUGUCACCUCCAGUUCAGACCCCAUGAGCGUGUAUGUCAGGGGUCAGCAAACUUGUUCAGCAGGGGGCCUGUUCAGUGUCCCUCAGACCUUGUGGGGGGCCGGACUAUAUUUUUUUUGGGGGGGGGGGAAUGAACGUAUUCCUAUGCCCCACAAAUAACCCAGAGAUGCAUUUUAAAUAAAAGGACACAUUCUACUCUUGUAAAAACAAGCUGAUUCCUGGAACGUCCACAGGCCAGAUUUAGAAGGCGAUUGGGCCAGAUCCGGUCCCCGGGCCUUAGUUUGCCUACCCACAGUGUAUGUGAAACUAAUGAUUUUUGCUCCAACAUGCAACACUCUACACUUGCUUACAGUGAAUUGCAUUUGCCAUUUUACCACCCUUUCAUUUCAUUUGGAAAGGUCCUCUUGGAGCUCUUUGCAACUUCUUUUUGUUUUAACAACCAUGAACAAUUCAGUGUCAUCAGCAAGUUUGGCCACCUCACGUCUAACUCUAACAGAGGUUCCCAAUUAGCUAAGUACUGUGGACCCCCUGUUUUUCAAAAGCCAAGCUAUGGACCUCCUACUGUUGAAAAUUUUAUUAUCUCUAUGGUAGUUUUUGUUAUGUGAAUGGUGCCAUGGAACCCCUGGGGUCCGCAGACCACCGACUGGGAACCACUGCUCUAGAUAUUUAUGAACAGGUUAAAAAGCACGAGUCCCAGUACUGACCCUUGAAGCCUCCACUUUCUACUUCUCUCCAUUUGGAGAACUGUCCAUUUAUUCCUAUUCUUUGCUUCCUGCAAUUUAACCAAUCCCUGAUCCACGAUGUUGCUAACGUCCAACUCCCACCAGCCACAACCUGUAUAACGAAUAGCCAUGGAAGACUGGAGUUGUCGUCUAGCAAUAUUUCUGUUAUAAAACCUUUUAUAUUUCCAAAAGUGUUAUUUUUUUUGCUAGCUGACUCUCCCACCAUAUACAGUAAUAACCCACCUUUUCUUUUUGACAUUUCCAGGAUAAACCCGGGUAUUUUCUCUGUUACUAGGGUUAGAUAAAACCACAUCACUACUUUGUUACUAAAAUCCUUUAUUGCUAUACAUAAGGCGAUCUUUUCCAUAAGCUUUCCCAUACUUCCAUUGGGGUAUUCUUUCCUUUAUUUUCUGCAUCAGUUUAAUCAUAAAAUCCUUUAUUUGCUUGAAUUCUGUAUCAUAUUUCAAUACUAAAUGGUAUGAUUUUGACAAUAAACAGUCAUUUUGGUAAUUAUUUUUUCAUAACCUGUAAUGAGUAUGGGUUGCUCGUGCGUAAGUUGCCGCCUCUCCUGGCUAUGUUGCCUUGUUUAAACCAGUCUGAUUCUUCUUCCUCCGAAGCCUCUUCUCCCUCCCCUUCGGAGGCAGAAAAACCCACAAAAUCCUCUUCAUCGUCUGUGGUUCCAAAUUGCUCCUCCCAGAAUCUCGCUAGUGGUUUGGGUUUGUCCGGGAACAGGCGGUGGAAUUCCUCCACCAGAUACCCGUCAGUGAUUGCUUCCGUGGGAACCCACGUGUUUUCUGACCCGGGUUCUCCCUCCCAAGCUACCAAGUACUCCACCUGGCGUCCUCGCCACCUUGAAUCAAGUAUUUCCGUGGCCAAGUUGUGGUGCUCCCUCUCUUCUACCUGCGGGUGUGUGGUGACUUCUCCCUCUCGCCCCGGGAAUCCCCGUCCUUCCCUGUACGGUGAGAGUAGGGACCUAUGGAACACCGGGUGUAUCUUCAUGCUGUCAGGCAAUUUGAGCUUGAAUGCCACGGGGUUUACCUGCUGUGUUACCUCAAACGGUCCCAGCCGCCUGGGCUGCAACUUCUUGCACCCCCCCUUAAAAGGUAACCCUUGGGUUGACAACCACACCCGAUCUCCCACCCGUAUGGUCUCCCCUCCCUACGGCGCUUGUCUGCCUGCCUCUUGUAAAUUUCCUUGGCCCGCUCCAAGUUCAUCUUAAGUUGCUGGUGCAGGGCUUCCAUUUCUUCCACAAACUGCUCUGCCGCCGGUACGCUCCAACCUUCCUCCCCACUCCCCGGGAAGGCCCUGGGGUGACACCCAUAAUUGGCCAUGAACGGGCUCAUUCCCGUGGACACAUGUUCAGCGUUAUUGUACGCAAAUUCAGCCAGCGCUAGUUUCUCUACCCAAUCGUUCUGCCUCUCGCUGACGUAGCAGCGUAGGUAUUGCUGGAGUAUACUGUUCGCUCUUUCUGCUUGCCCGUUGGUUUCCGGGUGUCUCGCCGUUGAGAAGCUCACUUCGACCUGCAGCAAGCUCAUGAGCUUCCUCCAGAAACGGGAAGUAAAUUGUUUCCCGCGGUCGGAGAUAACCCUCGAAGGAGCCCCAUGCAACCUGAAAAUGUGAUCUACAAACAACCUGGCUGUUUCCUCUGCCGUGACCGCAUGUGAGCAAGCUAUAAAAUGGCACAUUUUUGUUAGUAGAUCGACCACUACCAUGACCGCUGUCUUCCCCCGGGACUUGGGCAAAUCGGUCAUAAAAUCAAUGGACACCACCUCCCAAGGUCCCCAGCGUGGGUAAGGGUUCCAGUAAUCCUGCGGGGGCAGCCCGCUCCCCCUUUGCCCUUUGGCAGCGGUCGCACCCCCGCACAUAUUCCCGUACAUCCUCCCUCACCCUGGGUCACCAGAACUGCCUGGUGACGAGCAUCAUGGUUUUGUGCUGUCCAAAGGGUCCAGCUGUGGGGUUGUCGUGGAGUUGUUUGAGUACCUUCCCCCGUAGGGUCUCCCCCGGUACAUACAGCGCCCCUUAUAGUACAGCACCCCUUCCUUCUCCUCAAACCCUCCUUGGGUUUCUCUUCCGUCUCGGAGUUCCCGGAUUUUAGUUUGUGCGAACACGUCGUUUCUAGUGAGUCCAGCCAGUUCUCGUUUCCCCACCAAGCACAACCAUCGGUCCUCGGGGAUCACGUGUCGUAUCUCCGGCGGCCCCUCUCCUUCCAUGUACUCCGGCUUCCGGGAGAGAGCGUCUGCUCUCACGUUUUCCUCUCCUGGCACGUAUCGGAUUUCGAAGGAAAACUUGGAGAACUCCUGUGCCCAUCGAAUCUGUCUCUGGUUGAGCACUCGUGCGGUCCUCCAGUAUUCCAAGUUCUUGUGAUCUGUACAAACCUGGAUCUUGUGCUGCGCCCCUAUUAGUAGAUGUCGCCAUCGACGAAACGCCGCAUAGAUCGCAAGCAGUUCGCGGUCAUACACAGUAUAGUUUUGCUCCGACUUGUUCAGCUUUCUCGAGAAAAAGGCACAUGGUUUCCAUUCCUGCUUGCUCCUCCCUGGCUGCAAAAGAACCGCCCCAAUGGCUCUGUCGGACGCGUCGGUCUCUAGCCUCAUGGGUUUCUCCAGAUCCACGUGCAGGAGCUGCUCUUCCGAUGCGAACGCCUUCUUCAGUUUUUCAAAGGAUUGCUGGGCCUCCUCUGUCCAGACGAACCUCCUUUUGCUACUGAGACAAUCUGUGAUGGGUGCUGUCAAGUGGGCGAAGUUCUUGAUGAACUUCCUGUAGAAGUUGCUGAACCCUAGGAACCUCUGCACGUCCUUCCGGGUUUUGGGAGCCUUCCACUCCAGCACUGCCUGCACCUUGCUUGGGUCCAUCGCUAAGCCUUUGUCUGACAACUUGUACCCCAGAAACUCGACUUCUCUGGCGUGAAACUGACAUUUUUCCAGCUUGACCCACAACUGGUGCUUCUGCAGUCGUUUUAGCACUUCCCUGACGUCUCUGACAUGUUGCUCCUCAUUGUCCGAAUAGAUUAAGACGUCGUCCAAGAAGGCUACGCAGUUCUUGUACAGCAGGGACCCCAACACGUGGUGCAUGAAAGCUUGAAAACAGGCGGAGCCCGACUGUAAUCCAAAAGGCAUAACUAGGUACUCAAAGGCCCCCAGGGGUGUGAACAUUGUGGUCUUCCAUUCGUCCCCCUCCCUCAUCCUAAUCAAGUUGUAUGCUCCCCUGAGAUCAAGCUUGGUAAAAAUUUUCCCCUGCCUCACCCGUGUUAAAAUGUCGUCAAUCCUGGGCAUUGGGAAGGUCACUGGUUCCGAUACCAAAUUGACGGCCCUAUAGUCCACAACGAGCCUGGGUUGAUUAGUGUCCUUUUUGUCCACAAAGAACACCGGACUGCCCCCUACCGCUUUUGAUUCUCUUAUGAAGCCUCUUUUCAGGUUCUUGUCAAUAAAUUCCCGCAACUCCUUCAUCUCCCUGUCCGACAUGGCAUACAGUUUACCCACCGGUAGCUGCGCCCCAGGGAGCAAGUUGAUUUGGCAGUCAAAGGGCCUAUGGGGGGGUAGUCUAUCUGCCUCCUUCUCGCUGAAGACCUCCUGCAGGUCAGCAUAUUGUGGUGGCACCUCACCUAUCGGCUCCACAGCUAUCCCAGCCACCCUGGCCAUGGUCAUUCUUGGGGUUUCCCCCCCUAGACAGUGUUCCAAGCAGUAAGCGGACCCAAAGGUGACCGUUCUCUGAUGCCAUGCCACCACUGGAUCAUGUUGUGCUAGCCAGCUCAUCCCUAAUAUUAUUGGGGGCCCUGCCAGUGAGGCUACGUGAAAGGCGAUGGUCUCCGUGUGCCUGGAAACCCUCAUUCUCAUUGGUGGGGUCUGGUGCGUCACUUCCCCUCCCAGGAGCUCCCUGCCAUCAAUGGUGGUUACUUGCAAAGGGAAAUCCAGGGGCAGCAGGUGGAGCUGGUGCUCUAGUGCAAAGUCCUUGCUGAAGAAAUUGCAGGAACUGCCUGAAUCCAACAGCCCUUUCACCUUGACUGGGUGCCCAUUCGGGAGUUCUAGCACCACUUCUAUGGCUAUAGCCGCCCUGGGGGUCUGGUUGGGGCACUUCUAUUGGUUGCUGGCCUGGCUGCUGUGCCCGCUGAGUGGCAGCCAAGCGUUGGCGUUUCCCUGCUCCUGCCCCUUUACCAUCUCCUCCUCACCCCCUGCAGCUCCCACCAUCCCUUGCCAGGCCUUUCUUUGCGGGCAGACCCUGGCAAAAUGUCCUGGCCGCUGGCAGAGGAAACACUUCUUGGUGGUUUUCCCAUCCUUUCCCUCCCUCUUGCGACCUUCACUGGAGUUUGAAACCUCCCGCGCGCGCACCCCAUCUAUUUCCAUUGGCUCCGCCGGCGGGGAAGGCUGCCUUGGUAUUUCAGGAAUGCGGUAGUCAUGGUAACGUUGCUCUCUCCCUUCCCGCUUCUCCUGGGCCCGCGCUUCCUGCCUUACACCAAUCACAAGCACAGCCUUGGUCAGCUGAUCCAUCGACUGCGGGCGGGGUGCGCGGGAAAGUUCGUCCUUCACCGUUGGGGACAACCCCUCCUCGAACAGCAUUUGAAUGGGUUCAGAGUCCAAUUCCCAUCCGAGCCGGUGGACUAACAUGGCAAAGCGUGACCAGUAGUCUCUAACUGACUGGUUCCCCUGUUUGCAGCCCAUCAGUUCCCGCCGAGUCACACUUUGCUGUAAAUCACUGGAAUACAUCGCAUCCAUCGCCUGGAAGAAUUUCCUCAGGUCUUUCAAGGCGGCAUUCUGCGUUGCCAUUAGGGGCCUGAUCCAUUCUCUGGCCCCAUCCUGCAGAUGUCCGACAAUAUAGGCAACCCUCUCCCCAUCGUCUGCAAAAUCAUUCUGUUGCAGUUCCAAUGCGUACUCUAUUUCCGUUCGGAACGCACUGUAGUCCUGGGGUUUCCCUCCAAAUUUGUGUACCAGUCCCGGUACCUUCCUUGCUACGGGGGUGGGUCUGACCUGAGCAUCCUGAACCCGCCUUUCGUCCAGCCGCGCCGUCAGAAGAGCCACAUGCUGUUCCAAAUCUCGGUUCCUCUCCACCAGAUUUUGCACUCCAGCUGCUCCCUCCGUGGCGCCAGCUUCUCCGGUUUUGCUCAUGAUGCUGCCUGUCUGUCGCCGUGCACGAGCGACGUCAGGGACUGACGGAUUGCUGUAAUGAGUAUGGGUUGCUCGUGCGUAAGUUGCCGCCUCUCCUGACUAUGUUGCCUUGUUUAAACCUUUCUGUCUGGACAGCCCUUCACUUCGUGGCUGCCUCAGUCGCUAGCAGAAUCCGUCAGUGGGCGUUUCUUAAACCUUUUCCAACAUAAAAGUUGUUUGACGCCAAGUCUCCUCCUACUCUCCCUGCGCGGAAGCCUUCUGCGCAGGGAGGGCGUGGGUAGCGGAGGACCCGUGCUCUCCCCGCUGGUGUCCGGUGAAGAGUCCUGGAGCCCUCUCGCCGAUUCCCCCAUCUGCCCCCCUUUAUCUCUGGUGUUGCGCUGAUUUGCUUCCCCAUCUGCUGAGCUGCCUCUCUCCCUGCUGGGCCCUUCUCCAGCAUCAUUUGAGAGCCUCCCCUCCGCCUCUAGCUCCGAUGUCAGUUCCCUGACAUCCCAUUAACCUUCUUGAAUUAUCAUUAAUCAUGGGAUUUUUGAUGUUUAUGAAAACCUGGAUGUGCUUAAAGGGUUUUCCUGGUUUAGUCUGCUCCUGAUUCUUUAAUAAUCAGGCUUCUUAUCCUGAAUAACCAAAUCUCUGUAUCUAAGGAAGUUGUUUUUCCUCCAGAUGUUAAAAACAAACAGAAGUCAGUUCCAAUUCUUAGGGCACCAAGCACUGGUUUCAGAAGAGAGACAGCUGGAUUCUUUAACUCUCUUUAUAUAUUUUUAUAUUUAUCCCAUAUUCUUUACCAGUUAGAUGUAAGAAAAUUAUGAUUAUGAGGGUAGCAGGGUUAAGGGCUACCCUUGAGAGAUGAUUCUCUAUUUGUGUGAUGUUUUUGUAUUUUUAGAUACAGGGUUGACCAAUAUACUUUGGAUCUGGCACAGCAGAACAAUUUGGGAAAAAUAAACUGCUUGCUGGUGAGCACUCUGCAACAACAACUCUGCUGAUUGGCCUUUCCUGUGACUGACGAACCAGAGCCCUUUUCUCAUUCCCAUCCCUGCUGGGUCUCCACGCUUUGCAGUGAUGCACAGGCAAUGAAGUGAAAUUUACAAGCAUCCUGCCCCCAGAAGUCCAGAUUAAAGCAAUAGUCCCAGAAUCUCCUCAUCUUUCCCCACCCCCAAUCCCCCUUUACGAUUUUCUCCUUUGGAUAAGUUAGGUUUUGAGGGCAGUAGUCGCAAUUUUUAGCAAUGACAGACUGAUUUGCAUGUUCUCUACUUCAUGAGUGCGAGAUCCAGGUAGUGACUCAAUUGUGUGAACAAGCCAGAUGACAGUCUAAUUUGCAUCAUUUUCAAAUCGCCAAUUCAGCUUUUCGGUGUAGGUUUUUUGUUUUGUUUUUAAAGUACCUGUGUAAGGUGUUGCUUUGGUACCAUGCAUGGGUAGCCAUUCCCUCUUGUUGGACUCCUAACUCCCAGUUAAGAUCAUGGGCACAGGGAUGUAUUGGGAUAUAAGAGUGGAGAGGUAAGCAAUUUGUCACUGAGCCCAUCCAGACUUGUGUGUGUGUGUGUGUGUGUGUGAGAGAGAGAGAGAGAGAGAGAGAGAGAGAGAGAUUCUGUAACGUGUCAUUGAUAAUAGUGAAUUAGUCGAGGAUUUAUUCUGGACCAUCCACACAUCAUACUGCAAAUAAUACUGAAAGUGGAUGGUGAAGUCCACUCAAAGGCGACUAUGGGGUUGUGGCGCUCAUCUCGCUUUCAGGCCAAGGGAGCCGGCCUUUGUCCACAGACAGCUUUCCAGGUCAUGUGGCCAGCAUGACUAAACAGCUUCUGGCGCAAUAGAACACCAUGAUGGAAGCCAGAACGCACGGAAACGCCAUUUACCUUCCCAUUGCAGUGGUACCUAUUUAUCUACUUGCACUUUUUGGUGUGCUUUCGAACUGCUAGGUUGUCAGGAGCUGGGACAGAGAAACGGGAGCUCACCCCGUCGUGGGGAUUCGAACCAACCAACCUUCUGAUCGGCAAGCCCAAGAGGCUCCGUGGUUUAGACCACAGCGCCACCCGCAUUGUGUAUAACUGCCUUGAUAUCAUAGUAACCACAAAUAACCAUGAAUGCACAAUUUUAUUUUGUUUUAAAAAAGGGUGUCUGGAAGAGCCCAGUAUGGUUUUGCUCAAAGUGUUACCAGAUACUUUUAACAAAAGAACGAGAUAUUUUCCUUAAUGACCUGCAAUCUCUGCCCACUCUUUGGAACAGGACACCCUUCAGCAAGUGAGAGGCUAGAAGCAGUUGGCAGAUUUCGGGGCCAAGAUGGUUUGAAGAUAUUACAUUGAUCCUGGUCCCAAUUGUACUGGCUGCCACAGGGCCAUCUUAAGUAUAUCCAGUGCUGUGCUGCAAAGAUCCCUCUGGUGCCCCCCGCCCUUGUUUCCCAGAGUUGCCAACCUUUCUGCAGCACAGACAUCCAAGGCCGAGCCAGUGUGGUUAGUGGUUAAGAGUGGUAGACUCAUAGUCUGAUGAACCGGGGGCGCGUCCUCACUCCUCCACAUGCAGCUGCUGGGUGACCUUGGGCUAGUCACACUUCUUUGAAGUCUCUCAGCCCCACUCGCCUCACAGAGUGUUUGUUGUGGGGGAGGAAGGGGAGGAGAAUGUUAGCCGCUUUGAGACUCCUUUGGGUAGUGAUAAAGGGGGAUAUCAAAUCCAAACUCUUCUUCUUUUUGUGGCGCUGCCGACAGCUUUGCAGGGCUGGUGGAGGCAGGCAGUGGCUGGAGGACAGCUCCUCUGGUGGGGAAGAGGCGGAGGCUCCGGGCGCGGCGCUGCUUCAGCACGGCAUGGCGGAGGCAGGUGAGGGCAGUGAGCUGAUGCUAGGAGGUGCCGCGUCCAGCCUCUGCCUCUUCCCUGGUGCCCUCCAGAACUUGGCGCCCCGGCGCCCCAGGCCACUUACCUCUAUGGGCAAGACACCCCUGGGCUGCCAAUUAGUUUCUGGGCCCUAGUCAAAGUGCUGGUUUUGACCUGUCUACAUUUUUGUACACAUUUACUUGGCUGGAGAACUGCAUUGCAAAAUUCAGAGGAGUGCAAGCUUUGAAGGAUGGGUGCAUUUCAGUUCUCCUAUUGUUUUAGAAAGCACAAAUUAGGUAGGUUCACCUUUCAAUGCAAAGUGAAUCGAAUUUCUCUCCAUCCAUAGUAUUACAAAGAUUCUAGUACUGUCUCAUCCAAACUAAUUUAGUGCCAGUAUCCCUGGACUUCGGGAAAGUGAGAAUCACUUAGCAUUAUAAAUGGGACAGGGAGGGGGAGUAUAUGGAACUGCUUCAAGGCUGGGGGGCAUUCUGGGAGGUCCACAAACUGAAGUAAGUGGUGGGAGAGAUUUGUCUGCAUGCUGUUCUUCCACAUAUGGAUUGCUUUCAACCUCAUAUGGCUUUCUGCAGCACAGACAUCCAACAUGUGGAACAUCCUACAAGUUUGCAUAAAAGAAGAUUUGCUUUGUAGUGUUGGAAAACAAAAUUCCAAGCUGUUUUCAUCUUUGGGUUUAAAACAAAUAACUUUUUUUCAAAAGGACUGAGAAGCCAAUUUGGCUCUGCAAAAUUAGCCAACUCCACUCAUUCUGUCCAGGCUAGGAAGGCUAGAAAGAAACUUUCUCCUAUAGAGCUCAACCCAACCUCAUAGGAUUAUUUUUUGAGUAUGGAAUUUAACUUCCCAGAGGCCAAAGUUUGGAUGUGAACUCAUUCUGGGAUUUCUUACUUGGUUUAGGAGAAGGAGCUGUCAACAACCCACUUCACCCCAUCCCCAAAAUCCUCUUUCUCACUUCGCUCAAAACAUCCCAUCAAAUGGCUUUAUUUUUGUCCCCAAAUUCUUGACCCCUUUGCUCAUCCUCUGCAAAUAUCCAUUCCCAUGUACCAUUGAAACAUCAAGAAAGUGGGGAAAAGAUUAUUUCUGGAAUGGGAUAAACCAACGUCAAUAAUCUGUGCUCUGAUAACCUCCUGAUUGGAUAACCUCAAAUGUGCUGUACAUGCGUCCAAGAUUCUGGCUUAGAUUGACCCAGCAGCCUCUUCUUACGUUAUUAAGGGCCUUUACACUGAAUGUUAGGGUGUGGGCAGGAUGAUCCUGGUGGAAAUACUAGGAUGCAUUCGUAUAAUGAACUGUUCAAAGCGAUUAUCUCACUCCCACGCCAUUAUCUCAAGCAAGGUAAAUCCAGCAGUGUCAAGGGCUUUUCUGCAGUUACAGUAUAAUUAUGGGUAUCUAGUUUCAUCAUUUUAAUUAUUUAAUGCAGAGUUGGCAAAUGCCACUCGUGUCUGAUAGUCAUUGUUGUUGUUAUUGUUUAGUCAUCUUAGUCGUGUUCGACUCUCCAUGACCCCAUGAACCAGAGCAUGCCUUGGAAACUCUCACUUCUCAAAGCUGCUCCUUUUUUAUGUCCAUGGAGUUUUCUUGGCAAAAUACUGGAGUGGUUUGCCAGUUCCUUUUCUAGGUGGAUCACAUUUAGUCUAAACUCUCGGCUAUGACCUGUCCGUCUUGGGUGGCCCUGCACGGCAUAGCUCAUAGCUUCUCUGAGUUAUUCAAGCCCCUUCGCCAAGACAAGGCAGUGAUCCAUGAAGGGGGAUAGUCAUUAUGUUAUUUUUUUUCCAAUUUUUUAAAUUGAUUUUCCAGAUUAAUAACAACACAAACAAACAAACAAACAUAAAUCCUAAUUGUAAUAGUUCCACUUUUGUUAACAUUGUUAAGUGACUUCCUCGAAUCCACCUGGCUGAGUUUCAGUGUAUAUCAUUGUCACAGUUUUCCAAAACUAAUUUCUCAUAAAAGUUACUUACUCAGUUAACAUCUUUCUUUCUUUUCAUAUUUAACUUUAAACGUAUUAUUCUAUAACGUCACAUAUAUAAAUCCUUAGCCAAUCUGGUACUUGCAAGUAUUUCUAUUUAAGUUAUCUUAGCAUAUUUAGCUAAAUGGUCUUUAAAUUUCAUCCAUUCCUCCUGAUGCUCCUCCUCCUUCUGGUCACGGACUCUUCCGGUCAGCUCUGCUAGCUCCCAAAAGUCCAUCAUCUUCAUCUGCCAUUCCUCCACUGUUGGCACUUCUUGUGUUUUCCAAUUCUUGACCAGCAAAAUCCUAGCAGCAGUUGUGGCAUACAAAAACAAUCUAGCAUCUUUCUUGGGCAAUUCCAGACCUAUUAUUCCAAGAAGAAAGGCUUCUGGUUUCUUAAUAAAUGUAUAUUUCAACAUUUUUUUCAGUUCAUUAUAAAUCUUCUCCCAGAAGUCUUUCACCUUGGGGCGGGUCCACCACAUAUAAAAAAUGGUACCUUCUUUUUCCUUACAUUUCCAGCAUAGAUUAUCACUAUUGUGAUAAAUCUUUGCUAAUUUUACAGGGGUUAAGUACCAUCUAUACAUCAUUUUCAUAACAUUUUCCUUUAACACCGUACAUGCAGUGAACUUGACCCCUUUCCUCCACAACCUUUCCCAGUCUUCAAACAUUAUGUUAUGUCCCACAUCUCUUGCCCAAUCUAUCAUGGGGGAUAGUCAUUAUAGUCCCUUAUUAUUAGACACACUAUCGUUUUGUUUUCAGAGCAGGCCUGGCAAGGUAGAUCAACAACAGUGGCGGAGCUUCAUGCUCCGGCACUGGGGGGCAGAGAUCAGGCGUGGGCGUGGCUGGUGCACAUCCCGGGAGGGCGUGUUGCGUGUCCUGGGGGCAUGGCGCACCGCCUGCGGGGGUGUGGCGCCCAGCACGCAGGGGGCGGCCACGAUGGCACCCCACCGGGAUCUUGGCGCCAGGGGCGGUGCGCUCCCCCACCCCUUCUUCCUCCGCCAGUGAUCAAAUAUGCUCUGUGUUUUAAUUAAUUAAUUAAUUAAUUUUUUAAAAUGUCUUACCACCACCCCAAUCCUUACGUGUGUUAUGACAGACUCCCUCACUGAAGAUGGGAGCUGGGUAAAGUGACCGAUUUUCUGAGUGUUUAAAAAAAUCGGACUCUUCCCAUUAACAACGCUGGAGUGGUCUGUUUUGAGUGCUUGUGGUAAGGUUUCUUUAUUAAACUAAACUCGGGGGUUGUGCUUGAGCAAAGGAUGCCAUGCAUCCACUUAUCCCAGAAAGCAAUGAGGAGGCACUUCUGGAGCAAAACUAGACUUUUUAUUGAUUUGCACUCAGUGGGGUUUUUCAACUCAUGUGAGGCGCAAAUACGUAGUUUAAGGCAAACACUAUUUACCUGAAGCACUAUAUAGCCUGAAGCAGCACUCUUGCUUAAAUCUAGUCUCAGGAUUGACUUCCACCUAGAAUAGCUAUUUGUGUUUCUACAACAGGAACAAUCUCAAAGCCCCUUCUAAGACUUUUACUUUCCUCUCAGGGGAUCAGAUAGGGUUAACCUGCUGAGCUAACCCUAGUCUCUCUCUGAAAAAGGCCCCUGUCUAAGUGACAGGCAAUCCCUAUCUAAACAUUUAACUAUAAAGUUCUGGAUUUUUAAAUUGUCAGUCCCUCUUCAUUGGCUGAUUUAAAAACACAUACAAAUGGGACAUAAAUGAUACCCUGCAUAUCCGUUUUUCCAAUAUUAAAUUCAGUUCUCUGCCUUUCUGCAGCAAUUUUGCAUUUUAAAAAAAUCCUCAUGAAAAUUCUUCAGUAUCUUAGGGCACAUUUCUCUUAAUGAAUGUAUUUUAUAUGGUGUUACCGCAAAUGCAAUUUUUUUUGCAAGCAACUUCUCCCAAUGUGAUGUCUUUUUGUGUGUUAUUUCCACAAGUAUUUUUAUUUUGAUGCACAAUUUCCCCAUGUGUCUGCUGCAGUCCUGCUUGCAGCUUAAAGAGGAAGAGCAAUGGCUGGAGAGUACAGUGGUAUCUCGGGUUAAGAACUUAAUUCGUUCUGGAGGUCUGUUCUUAACCUGAAACUGUUCUUAACCUGAAGCACCGCUUUAACUAAUGGGGUCUCCUGCUGCUGCCGUGCCGCCACUGCACGAUUUCUGUUCUAAUCCUGAAGCAAAGUUCUUAACCCGAGGUAAUAUUUCUGGGUUAGUGGAGUCUGUAACCUGAAGCGUAUGUAACCCGAGGUACCACUGUACUUGGAACCACCUGUCUACAAGCUGUCCAUGGCAUCAACAAACAAAUUCCCAUAGUGGAAAAGCACAACUACUUAAGUCAACAGGGAGGCAGGGAAUGCAUUUAUUUAUUUAUUUUAGCCCAAAACAAAUUACUCAUCCAGUUAGGUAACAGCAGUUUUACCAUAUGUAAAUGAUUAUGGGAGUUAGCAAUUUCCACACUAUAAAACAUCAGUUCCAAGCAAAAGUAUAACAUUUCAACAUGAGCUAGCAUUAAAGGCUCUGCUUUCCUUAGGACCUAUCCGAUUUUGGGCUGCAUAUACACCAUAUAUUUAAAGUACAUGACUCCCACCCCACCCCCCAAAUAAUCCUGGGAACUGUAGUUUGUUAAGGAAGCCCAUGUAGUUUUGCCAUUGCCUGAUGAUUAUUGGCUUGUGGUAACAUAGAAGUUGGCAUUUUCACUGGUGGCCCCCGUUUUUGGUAAUGUCCCAUCGAUGAUGGCAUUCCAUUGGCUCCUGAGCACACACCUCUUUAAGCAAGCAUUUCCCUGAACUGAACAUCAGGGUUAUUUAUUUAUUUAUUAUUUAAUAUGCACAUACAACCAAACAUAUACUCACUUAUUUCAAAAAACCUGAGUACAAACAAAUACAAAGAAUACAAAAAUAAAUAUUACACCUAUGUGACUUCCCUCCACCGGUGUACGUCAUUUCUUAAUCCUUAAUAUGCUUAUUUACCUUGCAGUUUUUAUCUCUCAUCCUUAUGAACAUCAGGUUUUCUUGUUUUGACUGUUUGCUUUAUGGCAUAGCUUAACUAAGGAUGUUUUAACGCCCCAGUGGAUUUUUAUCGUGGAUUUUAAUUAUAUAUUGAUUUUUACAGUUGUAAACUGUUUAGAAGCCAUUUUGGUAUAUAGGUGGUCUAUUAAUAUAUCAAUUAAUGAAUUGAUAUAUUCAAAUAAUGAAUGAUAAUUGAAGUUGCUGGGAGUUGUAGCUCUGUGAAGGGUAAAAUGCAGAUGCUUUGGGACGCUUUAAGUGCAUGGUGUGUACACAGCCUUGCUUUAUGACAAAACAACUUGGAAUUGAAUCAAAUGGCUGGAACCCUGAACCAAAGCACUCCAUACUGCAACACUGUGUUGCAGAUCCUACAAGUAGCAAAAUAUUGUAAUAAUAAAUUUUAAUAAUUUUAUUAUUUGUACCCCAACCAUCUGACUGGGCUGCCCCAGCCACUCUCUGCACCUCUCUCAGACUGUAUUAUUUCUGCAUGCAGAUUGUCGGGGGGAGCACCUGCACAUAGGAAACUUUAGCACAGAGGUCAGCAAACUUUUUCAGCAGGGGGCCAGUCCACUGUCCCUCAUACCUUGUGGGGGGCCGGACAAUAUUUUUUUGGGGGGGAAAUGAACGAAUUCCUAUGCCCCACAAAUAACCCAGAGGUGCAUUUAAAAUAAAAGCACACAUUCUACUCAUGUAAAAACACCAGGCAGGCCACACAAAUAACCCAGAGGUGCAUUUUAAAUAAAAGGACACAUUCUACUCAUGUAAAAACACGCUGAUUCCCAUACCGUCCGCAGGUCGGAUUGAGAAGGCGAUUGGGCCGCAUCCGGCCCCUGGGCCUUAGUUUGCCUACCUAUGCUUUAGCACAUCAGAGAGGAAACUUACAGUAUGGCAUAGCCCACUAAUUUAUGAAGGUACCUCCCUUCGUGAAAAGAGCUACCUCACCCCACAUUCAGAAGUGGUUCGGUCCUAGGAUGCUUCUACAACAAGGCUCUGCUGGUUUGCAUACCCCAGUUUAAAUUGCGGAUAAUGCUCUUCAGGGUUUAAAGGAAAAGCAACUGCAAAGGGGAUGUAAGAGGAUAAGGCUAGGCCCAGCUGCCUCAUUAAGAUAACCACAGCUGUGGACUAUCAGAAAUAAGGAGCCUUCAACAGAUUGCACAAUUACACCAUGAAGUCACCAUCCACCACAUGGUCUCUUCUUUGGCCAGAAUUGUAGCUUGCAGGAAUGAGGGUUGAAGCAAAAAAUAAAUAAAUGACCAAAUAAAUAUGGGCACUCAAGCAAAGACCAGGAGAACCAAGAAGGCACCAGCUUUUGCACAGACAAAAACAUGCACACGCACACGUCACAAGACAGUUCUUGGUGCUUUCUGGAAAGGAACACUUUUUCCAGCUUGCAAACAAACAAUCUCAUGCUUUUGAAGACUCACAGACCAAAGUACCAUUUCUCUGUAAUUAUCUGCAGAGCCCUGUGGCAUCCCAUGCUAUAAUCAGCAAAUGCAAAGGAUGACAACUACACAUGAGUAAUUUGGUAUAUAUUAUUAUGAUACACAUUUACUUGCCGGUAUAAUGAGAGCCAAACAAAGGUCAGGACAACAUUCUGGGUUAUGGGAUGUAUCCAGCCAAGUCCAACUCAGAAUAGACCCAUUCAAAUUAAUAGACCUAAGCUAGUCAGGUCCAUUAAUUUCGACGGGUCUACUCUGAAAUGUAUUGGAUUGAAUGCAACCCUAUACUGAGAUUUUUCCGAACACAGAGGCUACAGCUGCUCUGUAGAUGGUCUGUACAUUUUAAGCCUUUAAUUGGACAUUUGCUGGUUGCCGCCAGGUUGAUGAUUGCUAGAUACUGGAAUGAUUUGGAGGAGUGUCUGUCAUGCCUUGGUAGUAAAAGUUCUGGCAGAUUGCUCUAAGCGAAAAACUCAAAUAUAAGUUAAAAAUGGCAGUGGGGGGGGGAGUCUACAGACAAGUAGUGGGACAGUAUCUCUUUAUUGCAUAUGUGAACAACAAGGGACUCCCUGUAGCAUACAGAAUAUUUUGAUCUAUUUAAUUCUGGACACUAGGACAUUAUUUUAGAGAUUCUAAGACAUUUUCUUUUUAUCCUAACACAUGUCAAUCAUGUAGAACAUGACAGUUUUUAUUCUUGGAAGAAGGGGUGUCUUUCGAGAUUUUGUUGUUCCUGUUAUUGUAUGGUGGCAAUCCUUUUUGCAUGGUUUGGAGAAAAUAAAUAAAAACAUAAUUAAAAACAACACAGCUGGUUAAAUGGAGGUGGGUGUUUGACAACAAAAAAUGGGAAUUUAUUCAAAGACAACUAUGAAAAAUGCUGGGCUGAAGUGAAAAAAGAUUUAGAAAUUUGGUCAAAUUUGAAGCUUUCACUGCUGGGCCGUAUUGCUGCGGUAAAAAUGAAUGUAUUGCCUAGAAUGUUGUUUUUGUUUCAAACAUUGCAAAUUGUGGACAAAAUGGACUGUUUCAAGAGGUGGCAGAGAGAUAUUUCUAAAUUUAUCUGGCAUAUUAACAGAUGCAAAGGAAAGAGGUGGAUUUGCCCUGCCAGACUUUAAACUUUACUAUGAAUCAGCAGCUUUCUGCUGGUUGAAAGAAUGGUUGCUUCUUGAAAACACUGACAUUUUGGAUUUAGAAGGUUUUAACAAUGUAUUUGGAUGGCAUGCAUAUCUGUGGUAUGAUAAGGUUAAAGCAUUUAAAAAUCACAUCGUCAGGAAAGCAUUGUUUAAUGUCUGGAUAAGAUACAAGUACUUAUUGGAAAAUAAAACUCCAAGGUGGCUGUCACCGAUGGAAGCAAAAGCUCUGAAAAAGCUCAAUAUGGAGGCCAAAUGGCUGAAAUAUUGGGAAAUUUUGGAACAAGAUGGAGAUAGACUGAAAUUGCAGAGUUUUGAGAAAUUAAAAAACAAAGUGCGAGAUUGGCUUCAUUAUUAUCAGAUAAUGGAGGCAUAUAAUCUGGAUAAGAAAAUUGGUUUCCAGGUGGAAAAAUCAAAAUUAGAAACAGAACUAUUAGAACCCAAAACUAAGAUUUUGUCAAAGAUGUAUAACUUGCUGUUGAAAUGGAAUACUCAGGAUGAAACGGUGAAAUCUGCUAUGAUUAAAUGGGCACAAGAUGUUGGUCAUAACAUAAUGUUGGCUGACUGGGAACAGUUAUGGACCACAGGUAUGAAGUUUACGGCAUGUAAUGCCCUAAGAGAGAAUAUUAUGAAAAUGAUUUACAGGUGGUACAUGACCCCAGUCAAGCUUGCAAAAAUUUAUCAUUUGCCUGAUAAUAAAUGUUGGAAAUGUAAAGAAACUGAAGGUACAUUCUUUCACCUUUGGUGGACGUGCCCAAGGAUUAAGGCUUUCUGGGAAAUGAUAUAUAAUGAACUGAAAAAGAUAUUUAAAUAUACCUUCUUGAAGAAACCAGAGGCCUUUCUCCUGGGCAUAGUCGGUCAAUUGGUGCCAAAGAAGGAUAGAACCUUUUUUAUGUAUGCUACAACAGCAGCAAGAAUACUCAUUGCAAAGUAUUGGAAGACACAAGAUCUACCCACUCUGUAAGAAUGGCAGAUGAAGCUGAUGGACUAUAUGGAACUGGCAGAAAUGACUGGCAGAAUCCGAGACCAGGGAGAAGAGUCGGUGGAAGAAGAUUGGAAGAAGUUCAAAGAUUAUCUACAGAAAUAUUGUAAAAUUAAUGAAUGUUAGAACGAUGUUGGAUAGAAAUUAAGUGGUUUCUAGCUGUAAUGCUUUAAGGGAAUAUGAAAAAGGGGCUGUUAAGAGGUAAAAAUCUAACGUUACUACUUUAAGACCAAAGAAUAGGAUAAAUAAAGAGGGUAAGGAUUUGCUGAACCAACAAACUGAACUGGAAUACAAAAAAGGGAGGUAUGAGGAGGUCCGGGAAACAAGCUAAAGAAAAAUAAGCAAUGGAAAAUCUGAAUGUUUUUAAUCAUUUUUAUUUUGUAUUUUUUUUUCUUUUUUAUUUUGUACUGUAAUAUUUUUUUAAAAAUCCUAAUAAAUAUCUUAUUAAAAAAAAAAAUUAAAUGGAGGUGGGUGUUUGAUCCAAAGAUAUAUUGGGAUUGAAUUUUUAAAUGCCCAAUAUAUUUAUUGGGUCCCUUUCAGACAAUAACCCCCAAAACACACACACCAGUAAUGUAGCCCCAAACCAGCAUUAUCUUGUCCUUAUGCAGUGAUUGUCUAAAAAACGGACUUAAGGACUUAAGUAAAACAUCUGACUGGCCCCCCUGGAAGCAGGCUGUUGGUCUGAUCCUGUAUGACUUUUCUUAUGUUCUCCUCCUCUUGUCGUGGUUAAUUGCUUCCUCCACCCCCUACAGCAUGCAAUUCACCAUUUGCAGUCAACAAGCCAUAAGCAUGCACAGGUCAGUCAUCUUGUGGACAACCAGUUGAUUUCCUGGAUCUGCUUCCGCCAUUGCGAUCAGGCAGCCUCAGCCUCUCCACGUAUGUUUUCAAAAUGGAAGCCAAGAAAUGUGACGCUGGCCUCAACCUGAAGCUCCUCCCUCAAAAUUGCACUGCGGUCCCUGUACUAUUCACAUCUGUGUCUCGACUUACGUAAAUCUGAGUGCUUUCAGAUGAUCACUUUAUUGAGCCUCCAUCCUGAUUUGUUUGUAGGGAGAUGAGAUGAUGUUGCUUAUUGAAUGAGGACGCAUGAUGAUUUGUUUACAGGGAAGUUUGAUGAUCAUGUGUCGCUGAGCAAGUGGGAAAGGGUCAUGGCUCAUUGGCACAGCAUCUGCCUUGCAUGCAAAAGGUCCCGGAAGGAGGUAAAUAUCUGGCAUCGGUCAGGUGAGGCUGGGAGAAAAAAACCGGGAAACCGUUGCCAGUCAGUACAGACAGUACUGAGCAGGAUGGACCAAUGGUCUUACUCAGUAUAAGUAUGCUGCUUUGUGUUAUAUCACACUUUGCACUGCAUUUUCCCAUCACAAGACGGGCAUGUUCUUUUGGGGAAGUACGUUUGUUGUGCAAGACCUCGCAAUCAGUGAUAAUUUUGCAACCUCAAUUUGCCAAUAUGUGAUUGAAUCCUCUCUGAAAAUAGUGACAGUCUGGAUGUGCCAACAGCCGCCAUAAUAAACUGUUCACAUUCAGUGGGACAGAUUCCUUUCUCAUAUUUAAUAACACUUUACAAUUCAAUAUUAUCAGUUGACCCCUCCUUCUGUAUCUCCUCCAGACACUCCCCUUUCAGGCUUUAAAUUUCUUUUUUUCUUUUUAAAGCAGUCUUUUGAUCUUCCUUGCAUUUCCUCCUCCUUUGUCUUGUUGAUGGAAUACAUUCAUGAGUCUGCUCAGCCUUUCUGGCUAUAAUGAAUAAAUCAUUGACUGCUGAGGUGACCUUUUCAGAUAUACUUUUUGUGAACAGAGCAGAUUGUUGGGUUUGGCUGGUUUCCUCCCUGCUUCUUUUUGUUCCAUCACCCCUUGCAGCCUUUCAUAUCAGCAGUUAAAAGUAUUCCUUCUCAAAUAAAGCCAAACAGCCCGCCUUCCAGAUAUGGGUGGGGGGCCUCCAUCCCACGGGCCAAAUUUGGCCUGACAUAGAUCCCAGUUUGGCCCAUUUCCUCAAAUCAUACCCACCUGCCCUGCAGCUGGCAUCACACAAGACAUCAGGUGCACGGUGGUUAGAGAUGCAAGUGGUUCAACUGCAUGACUGUCCCAUAAGGAACUUGAUAAAACAGCUGAUCGCUGCUGGAAGCAGGCUUGAAGUCAACACCUAUCAGCUGAUAGGUGGUGAUUUCAAUUCCACUACUCUGUGGUGCUUCAAAGCACCACAUAGGGUCAAUGCAAGCCCUAUGUGGUGCUUUGAAGUUCCUAUGAUCAUCAUCUGAUGUUAUUAUGGUGGCAGGUGAGCCUAUUCUGUCCUCCCCACCCGAACCCCAGGGUAGGAGAGAUAAGUAUCUGGCCCACUAACCAGAUCAGGUUCCCCGCCCUGCUUAGAUUCUAGGAAUGUGAGAAAAAAAUUUAAAAUUUAAACCUACAUCUCUCAUUUUACAAGUUUUCCACUGGAGAAAAGUGGAGUGGGAGGAAGAGAGACUUUAAGAACUAAUUUAUGGUGUAUUUCAAAGCCUUUAAUUUCAGGGUGAGCCAAAGAGGGCCUGUUAGUGAGAAGGAAUCUAGAAUAUUUUGACAUCUGUGCCUAUACACAGACUCUGUAAGAUUUGUCUGUUGUCCUGCCAAGAUCCUUUUUGUGUUUAAACAGACUAAAAACGACUUAAUCCUUUUUAGUUUUGUUUUUAAAAUAAAUCCCCUUUCCUCCCCAAUUAAUGCCAGGGAAUGAAUGGUGCCUGCGUAAGCGACUGCCUUAUUAAUUUAUAACUUUCCUCUUUUCAAGGCAGCAGGGAGGCGGCAGGAUUUAUAUCCCUCAAGUUAAUGCAGGGAUUGCAUUGAUGUUUUCUGAAUUGAUUUAUUUCCCCUAGAUCCAUGCAUCACCGUGGACCUGAAGGUCAACAUGUCCUACUUCCUUCAGAAUUAAGGCACGCUCCUCCACACGAAAACAUUCCCAACAAGCAUACCAGCUUGAUUAUACCUUUAUUCAAGAAAACUAUGGACAUGGCAGCCGCCUCCAAUGUGAGCGAGGCAACAAGUAACAUAUCUAGGCCAUUCACAAUACAGUUGAAUCCCACGCAAGGCAAAAGGUGGUGUGUUGAUCCAUAGGGGGAAGUCCCAUAAUCCUGUCAGUUUGCAUUUCUUAGUGCAGAAAGUAUUGAUCUGAUGUGUAGAGAUCUUUCCUAUUCUGCUUAAUUCAAGAGGGCUCUGGAAGCUUCUGGAAGUUUCUCUGUGUGAAAGAAACAAGCAGAAGGGUCGUGAUGUUUGGGUUAUUCCUUCAGAUAAGCUGAGUACAGCUGGUUUAAACUUGUUCUGUUAUCUCUUUCUGUCAAGGUCAUGCAGACUAUAAUAAUAAGGCCAGAAGAACCCUGAGUUUGGCUCUUUCUAUCGCUCUUCUGGUGUGGUGUUUUGUACAUAAUAUGCUUAGUGUUAAGUAAGGUUUAGUCUUAUUAUACGUUAUUGUAAGUUUAAGUUAAGUCUGCUGCAACUGAAUUUCUUAUGGACAGUGCCAAUCCUGAAUGUAUUGGAUUUGUGACCAUUAUGCUCAUUUGCCUUCAGUAGCAGUAAAACUGCUUGAUGAAAUGCAAUUGCCUCUGGUCUAUUUUUUGGGAAUCCUACAACGUGUUUAAGUUUUUACUCUGCUAACUACACAGUCAUACCUCGGAAGUCAAAACGGAAUCCAUUCCAGAAGUCCGUUCGACUUCCGAAACGUUUGAAAACCAGAACACGGCUUCUGAUUGGCUGCAGGAAGCCAAUGCCGUCGGAUGUUCGGCUUCCAAAAUCGUUCGAAAACUGGAACACUCAAUUCUGGGUUUCGAUCGUUUGGGAGCCGAUUUGUUCAGGAGCCAAGGCGUUUGAGAUCCAAGGUACGACUGUACAUUGGAAUCUGCUCUGCAUCAAUAUUGAGUAGAAUUUCAAUGACACAUCCACCACUGGGCAUAUAUUUAUCCGGAGCAGCCACUUCACAGACUAACAAGCCUUACUCUGCCUAAUAGUGCCAGUUAAAGCCCAUCUUAGUUCAGUGCCCUGUUCUCACAGUGGCCAACCACAUAGUUAUGGGAUGGCUAUGUGCAGGGCCUGAGUGCAACAGCACUCUCACACUUGCAGUUCCCUGCAAUGGCAAUCAGAGGCAUAUUCCUUACAAAUAUUCUUCAUUGCACAGGCAGGCAGCUAGAUGAAGUUUGCAAAGGGGUGGGAACAAAUGCCAGUGACAGAGUGUUGAUACUUUUUUUAUUCAAAGCAACUAAGAAGUAAUCUCCCUUUUAAUUUCAGGUAUACUAUUCUUGCGGCGCACAGUUCAGCUUGCUGGAAAGAGGUCUUAUUUUAUCACCUGGUUUCCCAAACAAUUACUCAUCAGGCAUGCACUGUAUUUGGCAAUUCUUUAUCCCUGCUGGAACAUACCUCAUGUUGGAAAUUUUUGACUUCGAUGUGUUUGAAAGCAUCAGCGAAAAUCCACAUGUCUGGGGUGGUUUCCUUUCUCUUCCAAAAAACACAAAUGAGGAGCUUUCCCCGACUGAGGAAAAUGCAGACUUCCCCACCACCUUUCCUACUAAGGGUAUAAUUUUCGAAGAGUCUCACUCGCAGGAUUUUUAUAAUCUUCAUGAUGCUAGAUUUCCAGAGGCCACCUCUCAGAAACAGGAGUCUAAGCAAUUCCAGCAAACGCAAGGACCCAAAGAGUUAGCGGUUACUCAGCCUAGUGAGCUGCCCUUAAUGGGAGCUACUAGUGCCACUUUGCCAGGACAAAUUUUGGGUGGAGUACAAGGGGAUCAAAACCCAAAGGACAAAAUACUGUUUGCUCACCUUGCUGCCAGGGGAGGAAGCAAGGAUUCAGAAGGCCCUAAACAACAUUUAGGAAAUGUGACUUUGGGAGAGGACAUGGCCAUAUCAACAGUGGCCUUGCCAACAGAUGCUUCCUCCACACCACCCUCCUCAAUUGAUGUUUGUCCCCAUGAUGUCUUGUACGUCUCUGACCUCACUGCCUUCUCUUCUCGCUUCUGCGGAACAAAUUCACCGCUGAACAAGAACAUGACUUUUGGGUCUUCUCUGAAGAUGGUGGAAGUUAUUGUGGAGCUGAUCACGACCACGGAUCGCGGGCGAGGCUUUGCGAUGCUCUUUGAGUACAAGAAUGAUACAGAACUGGUUCCUGUGAGUGACUCAAACGAGGGGAUAGAAAAUAUUAUGAUGCUGAUGAUAAUAGCAGGGAUAGUCUUCUUUGCACUUGUUCUUUUGUCCACGCUCUGUAUAGCUUGCAGGUAGGUGCUGCCCUUGUUGACUCGUUUUUGAACCCUUAACUAGGGAUGGGGAAGAAGUUCAGUUCAGUUCACAUUUCAAGACUGACCUGCUGCAUUUGCACUUUCUGAAAUAAUAUCUGAACAAAAGCACAGCCAUCCUAAAUUUGCAUUGUUCUGAAUUUUGUGAUGCAGUUCUCCAGCUAGGUAAUAAUGUGUACCAAAAAUUGCAUAUACAGUGGUACCUCCGGUCACAAACUUAAUUCGUUCCAGAGGUCCGUUCUUAACCUGAAACCGUUCUUAACCUGAGGCGCGCUUUCACUAAUGGGGCCUCCCGCUGCCGCCGGCGCGCGACUUCCGCUCACAUCCCGAGGCAAAGUUCACUACCAGGAGCAUCUACUUCUGGGUUACCCGAAGCGAUCAUAAGGAGGAUGGUACGUAACCCGAGGUUCCACUGUAUAUUAGGGGAAAGUGUGCAAAAAUAUAUAUUAGUGGUAAUAACAUACAAAGUGCAUUAUAUUUGGGGAAAUUGCUUGUAAACAUGUGUAUAUUACUCAGCAUGGAUACAAAAAUGUGGUUAUUAGGCUACAUUUGCACUAACAAGCUGACAAUUUUUUUUUAAGAUGUUUUAAAAAUGCAAAUUGCUGCAGAAAUGUGGAGAACUGAAUUUAAGAUUGGAAAAAUGAGAAACAGAGAACUGAAAUUGAGUAAUUGGUUGAUCCCUACCCUUAACUUUCAUUUAAGAAUUAUCGCUCUCAGCUGAGGGAUGCCUUCCAAUGAGGGAUGCCAGCCGAUAAGAAUAUUACUAAGCUACGUCUGAUUGCUUCAUUAAAUUAAUAAAUUAAAAACAUUUUAAUUGCUUUAAAAGGUACCCCAGACUAAUGGGGCAGUAGAGUUCUUCUUAAUUAAAAAACAAGUGCUUAUAUUAAACAAAAACCACCUGCACGUACUAUCUUUGAAGAGACGUUAAAGAGAGAAUACCUCUUCAGAGACGAUGCAUAGUGAACUAUGCCUAUUGUCUAAAAACAAAAAAAGUAUGCUCUUUUUCCCCCUGUAGACCCUUUUCUUUCCUUGUAGGCAAAUUUGUGCAGAUUUUAUUGAUUUAAUAAAUUGACUGAAAUUCAUACGAUUAAUUUAGUCUUUCUUUCAUUGAGGGACAGCUCCAAAUGUCAUCAUUGUGUCUGGUUGCACAGCCUGCAAAGACGGAAUAAUUUACAACCAAGUGAUUUUUGCCGUAUAUCAGUCACGGAUGUCAUAGAGCAUUUAUUUAUUCUUCCUACGUUUUUAUUCUACCCUUUAUCUAAGGAGCUCAAGGUGGCAUACAUACUACUCUCCCUCGCCAUUUUAUCCUCACAAAAACCCACUGAGAUAGGUUAGGCUGAGAGCGAGUGACUGGCCCAAGGUCUUCCAGUGAGCUCCAUGGUCAAGUCGGGAUUCGAACCCUGGUCUCCCAGGUCCUAGUCCAACACUGUAACCACGAUGCCACGCUGGCUAUCUUAAUCUGGAUCCAACCUUACGUCCUUUGCACCAGGCUCCAGUUGGUGAAUCUCUUCUAAUAAAAGUACAAAGCUGGUAAAGUCAAUUAGCCACUUCAGGAGGCAAAUGCCAAGGGAUGGAGAAGGAGACAGAACCAUGUGAGCCAUGUGGCUUGCUCAGCAACCCCUAAACUAGCAUGCUCUCUGAGGUGCGGUGGAGGACCCUGUCCCAUGGCUGGUGUUGAAAAAAAAGAGAUGGCUACAGUUUGGGCCAUCUUUUAUACAGUUGUGCCUUGGAUCUCAAAUGCCUUGACUCCAGAACAAAUCAGCUCCUGAACGAUCGAAACCUGGAAGUGAGUGUUCCAGUUUUCAAACGCUUUUCGGAAGCCGAACAUCCAUCGCGGCUUCCGUGGCUUCCGAUUGGCUGCAGGACGCUCCUGCAGCCAAUUGGAAGCCGCGCCUUGGUUUUUGAACGGUUCUGGGAGUCAAACGCAUUCUGUUCGAGAACCAAGGUAUGACUGUACAGUGGACCCUCUGGAUAUGAAUUUAAUUCAUUCCGGGGGUCCAUGUGCACCCUGAAAAUUUCGUAAGAAGAGGCGCUGCUUCUGCGCACGCACGUGGUUUGAUAGUGCGCUUCUGCGCAUGCGUACACGGCGAACCCCGGAAGUAUACACUUCGGGGUUGCUGCGUUCGCAGCCUGAAGGUUACGUUACCCGAAGGUAACAUAACCUGAGGGUCCACUGUACGGUGGUACCUCGGGUUACAUACGCUUCAGGUUACAGACUCUGCUAACCCAGAAAUAGUACCUCGGGUUAAGAACUUUGCUUCAGGAUGAGAACAGAAAUCGUGCUCCAGCGGCACGGUGGCAGCAGGAGGCCCCAUUAGCUAAAGUAGUGCUUCAGGUUAAGAACAGUUUCAGGUUAAGAAUGGACCUCCGGAAUGAAUUAAGUACUUAACCCGAGGUACCACUGUAUAUGGAAUUGGGAAGGUGCCAUUUUGCUUUUUUUGCCUCAGGGUAGCCAAAUGUCUUGGGCUGGACCUGGAAAAAAACCCCCAAAGUAAACACUCGGCAAGCCCCAGACCACUGCUGUAGGGUGUCUGAGCACGGAGGGGAAAGUGCUGUAACAUAAACACUAAUUAUUAGUCUCUGUUACUGAAAACUGACUCUAGGCCCGCAGCAUUCAACCUCGGCUCUUCUCUAGCUCAACAUCCCAAAUUAGCUGACGACCGUUUCUGGUGUAAAAGCCUGCACAAAAGAAGCGAAUAACCUGUUUUCUGAACGUGCCCUGCUUUCUUCUUCUCCUCACCGUGGCCUGUCCUUGGGAGAACCAGAACUUGGCUACCCCUCACCUCAUCUCUCCUAUUCUUUUUUAUCAUUACCAUCCCUAUUAUUACUGCUUUUAAUCUGCCGGUUGCUGGCUAAAAGUAGCAGCUCCCCACCCUUGCAGGCAACCCGAAAGGCGCAGGCCAAAUCUAGCACCCUGGCACUACUCUAAUUGAGUGUGUGUGUGUGUGUGUGUGUGUGUGUGUGUGUGUGUGUGUCUGUGUGUGUCUGCUGUAGACACUCAUUCCCUUCAGCUCUCUGGGAAACUCCAAGAUUUUGCCACACUGUUGUCUUUGUUUACUGGUUGGGGAAAGGAAUGAAAGCCUCAGUUGUUGGUUGGCCAAUAAUUCUAAUUACUUUUGGCCAUGAGGCCAGGCCUGGGUUAGCAGCGAGGCUGUUUUUCACCCCUCUUCUUUCCCAAGCCCCCAAGAACAAGAGGCUCGUCCACCUUAUUUAAUUCGAAUCGUGCCCUGCAGAGUCCUGAGGGUUUGGGGGUCCCCCUCCCACCCCACUCUGUGGCUGUGAAGUAUGAAGAGGGCUUGCAACAGAAACCAAGCUCUGUCGCAGCUCUGACCUGCCAAGGAGCCGUUUCUGACGGCAACCACUGUGCUACCCGCCGCCUUACCAGAAGAGAAUGAGCUUGUUAUUCCCUCUCGGCUCCUUGCAGGCAACCCCGAAGGCUGCCACCCCUCCUCUGUUUUUAAACUUAACCCUAAAAAGAGGAGCGCGGUAAGGCUGUAUUUCUUAGAGCCCAAGCCGGCCUCACUCUGUGGGGUUGUGGAGCUCACUUGACCAGUUAAGAGCCAAUGACUGUCUGUAUCUUUGGUGGCCGACAACUUGUGUAUCCCUGUACCCAGAACGUGUGUGUGUGUGUGUGUGUGUGUAUUUGGGACUCAAGUACCAAAAAGAGUCCCUUUCACCAUUGUCAACCAUCUUGGACCCUACGAUCAGCAAGUGAGGCCUUGUUGGUGCUGCCACCACUUUUGGGGGCGGCGGAUUCAUGGUUGCCAUUAACCUGUGACGGGGCCUUCUCAGUGGUGGCUCCCCAUUUGUGGAAUGCCCUCCCUGGUGAGGAGCUUACCUGCCCCUCAUUACUGACUUUCAGAAGGAAUUUUAAAACAUUCCUGUUUUAAUGGCUGAACCUGGCAGCCCUGUCUGAGAUAAUGUUUUAAGCAUGCUUUUGCUAUUGCACCGUUCAUGUGUUUGCUGCUUUGGGCUCCUUUGGGAGGAAGGAUGGGAUAUCAAUUGAAUAAAUAAAUGAGUGUGUGUUUGUGUGUGUGUUUGUGUGUGUGUGUGUGUGUGUGUGUGUGUGUGUGCAUAGUUAUUUCCAUGAGCAAGACAACUACUACUACUCAGUGCUUCCCCCCCUAAAAAUGUUUAGGGGUACUCUCAUUUUCCUACUCAUAUUGAAAUACUGCCCCUCAAUGAGGCCAAAUUUAGAUUCACCAAAUGUUUAGGGUUAUGCGUACCCCUGCGCCCCCCCCCCCCCAAGAAAAAAAGCAGUUCUACUACCACUACUUCUCAGUGAUAACUAUAAUAUGUCCAGAUGCUACAAACAGUGCAGAAUUCAGCUGUGAGAAUGUUGACUGAAGCAGGUACUAAAGAAGGUAAAGGGACCCCUGACCAUGGGGUUGCAGCGCUCAUCUCGCUUUAUUGGCCGAGGGAGCCGGCGUACAGCUUCUGGGUCAUGUGGCCAGCAUGACUAAGCUGCUUCUGGCGAACCAGAGCAGCACACAGAAACGCCAUUUACCUUCCUGCCGUAGCGGUACCUAUUUAUCUACUUGCACUUUGACAUGCUUUUGAACUGCUAGGUGGGCAGGAGCAGGGACCGAGCAACGGGAGCUCACCCCGUCGCGGGGAUUCGAACCGCCGACCUUCUGAUCGGCAAGUCCUAGGCUCUGUGGUUUAACCCACAGUGACACCCACGUCCCUUAAGCAGGUACUAGGAAUUCCCUAAUACUGACUCGGAAAGAUCUUCAUUAGCUGCCUGUUCAUUUCCAGGCUGAAUUUUACGUGCUGGUGUUGACCUAUAAAUCAAAGCUGGCACUUUUACCAAUGUCACCUAACACUGUUCCAUACUUGCUAGGAAUUGACCCUUCAGUGUGACAGCACCUAAACUUUGGAACUCCCUGCCCCUUGAUAUUAAGCAGGUUCCUUCACUGUACUACCCUCAGCACUUGCUAAAAAUUAUUAUUAUUAUUAUUUCAGCAAGAAUAUCCAGACGUAUGAAUACAACAUUCAUUUUAAAAUGUAAUUUUAUUUCAUUGUGUGUGUGUGUGUGUGUGUGUGUGUAUCUAUAUAGAUAUAUUUUUUAUUAAUGUUAAUUUUAAUCUGAAAAUUUUAGCCUAACUUGUUUUUAAUGCUGGUUUUUAUCAGUAAUUUUAAUGUAUGUUGUAUCUAAAUUUGCUUGGAGAUUUUGAUAUUUAAGUGGUACAUAAGUUUUGUUAAAUAAAAACAAGUAAAAUUAACAUAAAUGACUUGGAGCACGGGUAUCUAAAUUAACAAAUCUCACUGUGUCAGCCAGCCCAGGUCCUUAGAUCAGUGUGAAAGGCCCCUCUCAUAAUCCCAUCACCAAGGGAAACACAGCAGGGAGUGGCACAGGAUCUUCUGUUAUAGUACCACCAUUACUGAAAUCCUUACCCCAGAAGUACACCAAGUGCUGACAUUUUUGAUGCAAGGUUAAAGCAUAUCUGUUUGCCUGUGUAUUAUUAUUAUUAUUAUUAUUAAUCACCCACCCUUCACCCUAAGAUCCCAGGGUGAGUUACAACAUUAAAACACAACAUUAAAAACUAUUUAAAACAAGUUACCAUUACAAAAAUAAGGUGUAUUCUGAAAAAUAGACACGUGUUGAAAGCCAGGGUAAAGAGAUGCAUCUUCAGCAUUCUCCGGAAGCUGUACAAUGAAGCUGCCAGAUGAAGCUCCCUCCCCUGCAGAGAAGGAGUUCCACAGCUUAGGGGCUGCCACCAAGAAGGCCUUCUCCUAGGCUGCCACUCUCUGCGCCUCUGAGGUUGGAGGAACUACCAAGAAAGCACCCUCUGCUGAUCUUAGCACCCAAUAAUGUUUCUAGGGAAGGAGCCAGGUCUUUCAGAUAUUUAUUCAUGACAUAUUAAUUCGUUGCUGUAUUUGGGCAUUGUAUUUUACUUCUGGGAAUGUAAUGUGCAAUUUUUCCCGCUUCAAAAAUGGAACACCACUGUGGGUAGCCUGAAUUUUUGGCUGUCUUUCUUCCUAGAAAGAGGUGCAGGACCUUUUUCAAGCCCGAGGGCCACAUUCCUGUCCGAGCAGUCUUCUGAGAGCCACAUGCCAGUGGAGGGCGGAACCAGAUGCAAAAGUUGGUGGAGCAAUCCAUGUACAGUAGGCUAGCUUCUACAAACAUACACCUCUCUCUCUGCUCCACCCAUAUAAAUAAGAAACAUUAUCAGAGUUCAAGAUCGUAUUCCAGUCCAGCGAAAAGCAGAGCCUGUGGUGGGUUGUGGCCUGGGGAGAGUUCUAAGGCCAGAUAGAGAACCCCUGUGUCAAAGGUUCCCAUCUCCUGGUCUAGUAGAUGAUGCUGAACUUCCAGCUGCAAGGGCUGCUGAAAUGUGCAUAAAUGUGACGUUUCCUCUUGCCUCUUUCCCCCUCCCUCCCCUGCUCCCCCCACCCAACCCAUUCAGGAAGAAAUUGUGUCCCAAAAGGAGCUCUUUGGAUGCACGCAGUGACCAAGAGGUUAGUGCUAAUAGUUUGUGGUCUUGCUGGUUUGUGCAGGUUCUUGGUUUUUUCCCUCUCUUUGAUUCUUGUUGUUGUCUCCCUGAAGGUAACAACAACAACAACAACAACAACAACAACAAAUUUAUCAUUUAUACCCCGCCCAUCUGGCUGAGUUUCCCCAGCCACUCUGGGCGGCUCCCAAUCAAGUAUUAAAAACAAGACAGCGUUAAAUAUUAAAAACUUCCCUGAACAGGGCUGCCUUCAGAUGUCUUUUAAAGAUAGGAUAGCUACCGUAUUUUUCGCUCUAUAAGACGCACCGGACCACAAGACGCACCUAGUUUUUGGAGGAGGAAAACAAGAAAAAAAAUAUUCUGAAUCUCAGAAGCCAGAACAGCAACUUGCUGUUCUGGCUUCUGGGAUAGCAGCGCAGCCUGCAUUCGCUCCAUAAGAUGCACACACAUUUCCCCUUCCUUUUUAGGAGGGAAAAAGUGAGUCUUAUAGAGCAAAAAAUACGGUACUUAUUUCCUUCACAUCUGAAGGGAGGGUGUUCCACAGGGUGGGCGCCACUACCAAGAAGGCCCUCUGCCUGGUUCCCUGUAACCUUACUUCUCACAAUGAGGGAACCGCCAGAAGGCCCUUGGCGCUGGAUCUCAGUGUCCGGCUGAAUGAUGGGGGUGGAGACGCUCCUUCAGGUAUACAGGACCGAGGCCGUUUAGGGCUUUAAAGGUCAGCACCAACACUUUGAAUUGUGCUCGGAAACGUACUGGGAGCCAAUGCAGAUCUCUCAGAUGUUGACUAGGGAAUGUUUUGAGUUGUAGAAUGGGAUCCAGAAUGCCGCUGUUGAUAUCAAUGAGCUGCAGCUGGUGAUGCCGAGUCAAGAGAAUGAAAACAACAACCACUCUGUUGACGGGAAUGGAGCCGGUAAGCAGCAAAUGUAUAGGGUUUGCCACGGUACUCUGUACAGAACAGUACUGCUGCAAAACCAGCAACACCCUGAUGGUAUUAAACUAUAAAUAAUAAUAAGACAUAUUUGUGUUUUCUGUAGUCACUUCCUACGAUGGCAGCAUGGAGUGCUCUCCUCGGCAAACAGACCAGGAUAUACCUUCUUCAGUGUCAGCAGUGACCACUGAGUCUGGAAGCGACGAGGUGUUUAUUAUUUCAGCCAGCCCUGGAGCUGGUGGCUUAAGUUUCACCUCCUACAGAAUACAGGUAGAGGAACCUUUGGUGUGUUUUCAGUGAGACAUUUUCAGUGAAUGAGAUCUUGGGCUGUGUUUUUAAGCAUGUUUUCCCCUUCCAGUUGUCUCAAGGUUUGAUUCACAUGUGCAUGUUCAAUCAGUAGUUCUCCGAUGUUUCAAAAGCCAGGACACACCUAUAACCUCAAAAUGCAAGAUGGGACCCACUUAACAAUGUUUAGCUACAACUUGCAACCUUCAAAUUUUGUUAGACUACAACUCCCAUCAUCCCUACCCAUUUGCCAUACUGAUGGGAUGUGGGACUCCAGCAACAUUUUUGGGGCCACAGGGUUAGCCACCAUUAAAUUAUUUUUGUUCUAACAAAAGGCAGCACAUAUUUUAAACCUGUGCUACCUACACACACACACACACACACACACACACACACACACACACACAAAUAGGUGUAGCCAUCCAGAUGUUGUAGACUACAAUUCCCAUUAUUCCUGAUCAUUGGCCUUGCUGGCUAGGAUUGAUGUGGGUUGUAGUACAAAACAUCUGGCGGGCAAUGUCUACACAAAUACACUGACCAAGAGAAAAGACACAGAUUUAAAUGAAAUUCUGUGAGCUUUUCGUCAUACAGGAAAAUACUGAAAUAAAUUCUCCAAAUUCCCUGGUGGUAGAAUUGUGACUAUAGUCUACUGCCUAGGAUAGGAACAUGCUCCCUAUCCUAAAUCAAGUCAGAACUUCGCAAAUAAGUACUUGUUUUCCACUUAGUUGCUGUCGUUCUUUUCUUUUCUGGAUGUUAUGCCAAUGUUUAUGGGGGUGUGAAAUUUUGAACCUUGACAGUAAAAAAAGAUCCCAGGAUCACCCUCGCUUGAAAUGCCUGUCUAGACAAUGUGAACCCGUAGGCAGAUUUGGAAAAGAAAAAAAAAGAUUAUCUAAAUCCUUUUACUGAGAAGCAACUGUUGGUCAACAGUGGCUCCAGGAUUCCUAGGGAGUGUGAGUCUGAGCUGUGAUCAUGGCAGGAGCCCAACGCUUCGUGGAUGAAAAUAGGGACAUGCUUGUAAUUCCACUGUGCUCAUAGCCAGAGUCAGCACCCAGCUGUCUUCUGUUACAUUUUUUUGGGUUGUGUUUUCAUACCACCUUUCUGCGUAACAUUCAGUGGCAGCUGGAUCAAGCCGCCAUUUUAAUUUCCCACAAUGCCUCCAGUGAAAAAUGGUGGUUAGGGCAGCCCCAUGGUAUUGUUUGGGCACUGCUGCUCUCUGAUGCUGUUGUCUACACCAGAUAAAUCCCCCAACAGCAGUAUCCACUAACAGAGGGAAGGGCUCACCAAUGGAGCAUAGGAUGUCUUUCUUUAUAGAGGUCAGUCAUCUAUUUUUACAGCUGUCCAUGAUUUACCAUUACUAAGGAACAGGAAAUAAGAGCUGUCUCUAGCUCAAUAAUCCCGUUGAGAUUAUUGAGCCCAAGUUAGCAAUGUCCAUCAAUUUCAUAGAAUCAUAGAGUUGGAAGAGACCACAAGGGCCAUCGAGUCCAACCCCCUGCCAAGCAAGUCCAACCCCCUGCCAAGCAGGAAACAUCGAGUCCAACCCCCUGCCAAGCAGGAAAUUUCAAUGUGUCUAUUCUGAGUAGGACUAGCAUUGGAUACAACCCAUUCUUGGCCGCUUAAUGGAUUGCCAAAAAAAGGGGGACAAAAUAUUUGCAUAACCUUUGCUAGUACAUGUGGCUGCUCAGCCUCAUAACCAGGAGCUAAUUGUUGGUGGGAACUUCAGAUCCCCUCCUGCUCUCAUUUGUUAUGGUUAUUGAUCUUCAAACUGGACUUAGACUAGACAGCCCUUCAAACAAAGGACUUUCGCACAGAAGCCUGUCCUCUGACAUCUCUACACACAGAGGAAUGUCCUCUAUAAAGCUUGAGACCCUAAACAGAAGCAGUUGGGAGUUUAUGCUUCCAGCAAGAAAGCUAAUCCACCACUGUUGAGAGUCAAGAGUGUGUCUGUCCAGGAAAUGAGUUUUGAAAUCUAUGUAAAAACUGAUUCUGUCUUCUAGAGAUUAUUCCAGUAGUGUUUCACUUCUGGGGCAUAGGGGGAGCCAAGCUGGCGAUUCCAGAUUAAUUCUCAUGGCAUUAUAAGGUGUUAAUACAAUUCCAGAGAUAUGCCCAAGCCAUUUGAUGUAUUUUCAGCUUUCUUUCCUUUUUUAUUAUUUUAAGCAAUUCACAAGUGUUUGUGAUUAAGACCAUCGUUACUGCAAGAAUCAGUACUGGAACCAGCUUUGAGAUGUAGGUCCCUGAGGGGAAUAGGGGUCUCCUAACAACUCUCAGCACCCUUAGCAAUGUACAGUUCCCAGGAUACUUCAGAGAAAGCCAUGACUGCUUGAAAUUGUAUAAUACUUAUUCAAAUGCAUAGUGUAGAUGAGGCUUGUGUAUGUGUAUGUGUAUACUGCCAUUUUUAAUCUGCAAGCACUAUUUUAGGACUGAAGGUACAUGUGCUUGGCAUGUAGAAGUUCCCUGGUUCUGUGCUAUUUACAGUAGCAGGUAACUAGAGAGACCGUGCCUGUGAACUUGGGAGUGGAGUUACCAGUCUGAGGAGUCAGUGGUACAGCUAGGGCACAGGCAGUAUGGUCAGUAUUCAGGGAUUAGGGGGACCGUUUUCCAACAUCUGGAAGGCACUACACUGGGGAAAGCUGAUCCAGAAAAGAAGUAUGUUUUUGAGUCAGAACAAUUGCUUUCAUUCAUAUGCAAAAUACUGUGAAUUUAAUCUAUUGAUCAAUCAAGUAAAAGUCACAGAAUUGUGGAGUUGGAAGGGACUAUGAAGGUCAUCAAGUCCAACCCCCUGCAAUGCAGGAAUCUUUUGCCCAACGUGGGGCUUGAACCCCAAACCCUGAGUUUAAGAGUCUCAUGCUCUACCCGACUGAGCUAUGGGAUUUUAAUUGGGUCAGAGCUUCAAGUAUGGAUUUUAGAAGAAAAUUCACUGACCAACUGGAUAAAGGUAUCUCAUGCAGUUUUUUGGUUUUGAUUUAUCUGUCUUUUUUCAAUUAGGACAGAAAACUGAAGAGAAGCAUCACAAGUCCAGGCUCAGUUUCUGACUGGCUGACAGCAGGUCCAGCGGAAUCUGGCAUCAGUGCUACAAAUAUAGGGGUGGCACAGACAGAGAGCCAUUGCCCAAGUCAGCGAACAUGGCGUGCUCGUACUUUUCAUGACUUACUAGCUCCAUUGCCUCAGCUACAGAAAAAGUGGUGCAGCUGGGCUACGAACAGCCCUUUCACCAAAUUGGUUAACAGCAGUGUAAGUAUUUGGAGAAAGCCCUGGGGAAGCAAGAUGAAUGUGUCCUGCAGAUCUGCUGUCAAAGUUUGAUCCAGUGACUUCAGGUCUAGCCUGUUUCCCCUACUGGUACUGUCAUGCUUGCAUGCUAGUAAGAAUCUAGCACCUGCAAGUCAAGUAAGGCCCAGUGUGGGUGGCCCAUGGGGUCAUUUUCACAGAGCCAUGCCCAUCUGUCGCACAUGUAAUGCCAUCUAUGGCAUCAGGUGUGGGGCAGGUAAAGGCACAGCUGCAAAGGAAGCCUUUAAAGGUCAAGGGACCCCUGACCAUUAGGUCCAGUCGUGGCCGACUCUGGGGUUGCAGCGCUCAUCUCGCUUUAUUGGCCAAGGGAGCCAGUGUACAGCUUCCGGGUCGUGUGGCCAGCAUGACUAAGCCGCUUCUGGCGAACCAGAGCAGUGCACAGAAACGCCGUUUACCUUCCCGCUGGAGUGGCACCUAUUUAUCUACUUGCACUUUGACAUGCUUUCGAACUGCUAGGUUGGCAGGAGCAGGGCGUGAGCAACAGGAGCUCACCCCAUCGCGGGGAUUCGAACCACUGACCUUCUGAUCAGCAAGUCCUAGGCUCUGUGGUUUAACCCACAGCGCCACCCGCGUCCCUAAAGGAAGUCUUUACAGGAGCCUUAAAAGUUCGCUCCCAAUUGUUCCUUGGCAAACGUGGCUUGCUGUCAACAGCUGAUAGGCACCAACAGCAAAGCCUCACUUGAGAACUCUGUAGGGCAACCAAUCCCUGCCCAGCUAACCAGCACUAACCAGCUGAGUGACACUUAUAGCAAGCCCUGCAUAGCCAAUGGUCAGGAUUGAUGGGAGUUAUAGUCCAGCAACAACUUGUGGGCCAGAGGUUCCCCAUUCCUGACUUUGAUUCUGUAAUAUAUAAAAAAGAAAAGAAUGGUGGAGACCUUGUGAAAUAUUAACAGGAGUUUUCUUACCUUCAGAACACUCCUUCCCACAUGUGCAUGCAUGUCUCCCCCCUUUUUUGCUUUGACCUUUAAGUCGUGGGAAAGGCAAUCAUGCACAAGGCAGAGAAGGAAAUGUCAGUGAAGAAAUAGAGCAAAAUGACCUCUUGCUCCUUUUUUUUUAUGACUUCUUAAGAAAUAUUCACUUGUAGUUCCCUCAGAUCUGAUUAUCAGAGUUGACGUUAUGAUUGCUCCUGCCAGGGCUUUUCUGCAUCCACGAAAGACCAGACUGCAACUACUCGGAAAGUAACUUCAGCUGCAGAAAUAGACGGCAUCUCCGAACCGGCUUACUUGGACUCAUCGGCUAGCACUGCAUCUUACCCACUGACGUAUUCGGCACAGAAACAACGCAAGCUAAGCAACAGCUGCAACUUGAAAAGAUCCCGUUUCAGAAACCCUUACUUUGGGUUUUUAACAAGUUCGCCCGACUGUAACCAACCAAGGCUGUCUGAUCAUGCAAAGCACGUUGGCGCAAGAUCUCCAGUCAACAGUCCAGGCAAGGGAACCGAAGACCUCCUUGAAGGGCCCAUCCAGUUCACAAGCAACAUAGUCAAUGGCUCAAAAUCCAAGGAGCUCUCAUUGGAAAUGGAUAAACCCAAACCUGUUUUUGUUAUUUCUGAGGAAGGGGAUGAUCAGCAGCCUUUGGUUUUAGCAGAGCAUGUGAAUCAAUGUGCAGAUGCUUUAUCUGAGCCAAAUGUUAUCCAUAAUAAUAUGGGGUUGACCAUUGCAGAUGAGCAGCCAGUGGACCUAACUCUUCAAGAAAGCUCAGUUGAAUCCACCAGUAUCAGAGCAGACCUUGAUCUUUGGGGAGAGUACCCAAAUUCACACAGUGAUUCCCUGAAGAGCUGCAGUGGUUACAAGGAUAAAAACUAUGGGCCUGUUUCAGACACUGGCACCACUAAUUCUCAUCCGAAUUUUGAUUCCUUGGCCUCUCACCGGUUGUGUCAAACUUCAGUUCAGUAACUCCUCCAAAUAUGGGUAUCAGAACUGAUACUGAAGGUUGUAGGUUUGUGCAAUUGGAAGCAAUAAAGACACAUGUUCCUUUUGAGACGGAAUGGAAGCUGCAUUGUACGUACAACAUGGAGAAUGUGCUUGGGCAGCCUUGACUCUAAAUGUUGGAAUAGAUUGUGUGUUAAGUUAUACCCUAUUGCAUUGCCACCUCUCACUGAGCUGCAUCUAAUGACUGUUAGUUUUUUGUUGGCUUAUUGAGAGCUUAUCAAGACUACCUGGCUGGUACUUCUUACAAAGAAGACAGGCUUUCUUGAAGUUGGUGUGAUGAAUAUGGAAGCACUGUCUAUUCCCACACUAUACCAGGAAGCAAAUGGUCAGGCUUGCAUUGAAAAGAGGCAUGCUGUUUUGGACAUAAUACUUUGAAACAUAUCAACCAAAUUCUAGUCACAGCUGGAGGAAAUCGCACAAUUCCUUACUGAAGUUUGAUUGUAGCUUGGACAGGGAAGUGGCAGUGGGUACCAGUUAGAACUGUGUUUAGCAGAAGAAACACACACAAAGAAGUAAAUGGUUAGCUACAUGAGCACAAAACAAAAUGCACAGCACCUUUGCUUGGUUUUUUUUUACUGCAUUUGUGUGUAAAACUACAUUAGAUGUGAGACAGUUAGGAUUGUCAAGAGUCUCAUUAGCAAUGGUAGUUCUGGCGAUUCUUAAGGACUGCAUUAUAAAAGGAUUGCUUCUUUCCUAAAUCCUGCAGAAGGCUCUGCCACUUGGGGUAGGAGGAUUUUCUCUGCAUGUGAUGCAAUAUACAGUAAGUACACUAAUAGUAUCAUCUGGGGAAAGUCCUGGCAGCUUUGGAGAGAUAAAUGCACACUUUGGUAAAACACACUCUCUCAUUGCACAUUAUUCAAAGAAUACCAGCUGCAAGGAACUAGAAGCUCAUCAAACCUAGCUAACUACUGUUAGGGCAAUUCACAGUGGCCAGGGCCAGUAUGCUUGCCUCAUAUAUGCCUGUUCUCACUGCAGCAAUAAACACAGUUCCAAAGGUUGUCCCCUGCUUUCUUCGACACCCAUUUUUGCCCCAUACACACUGGUGUUCAUUGUUGCAAAGAUCAUAAAGAGUGGAGAUGCAACUUAAGAAUGGGGGUGGGGGAAAUCUUAACUGGCUGCAGUUCCCCGGCACGCACAUCCUUCCAUCUCCAUUUCAGAGUAUUUUACCCCUUGCAAAUAUAUACAUGGCAAAACGCUGGGUGGUAAAUCAUGAAUAAAUCUGCUAUUACUGGGUAAAUUACAACCAAGCUGUGCACUAGUGUUGUCAAAAACGCAUUGCCACGCACACAUUCUCACAAUCCCAAAAAUAAAUCACCAGGGACAUUGCAAGUGCAGCUUCCCAUUGAGUUAAACAUCCAUACAGAUUUUGCAGUCCUUGGUCUGGUGGUCUAGUUUUUUCAAAUCACCCGUAGACAUUUGUCAAGGGUUCUUGGGCGCCUAGGAAGUAAGUGUGUCUUUGAGGAUAUUUGGGGUAUGCUUUGCUCACAGCCACAAAAAAAAGUUGCUUUGAGGUCCCCAGUAUUCCUUGAGAAAGCAGGUCAUGUUUGUCAAGUGCUUUAAUAAGUUGCACCCUGGAGCUAUUUUUAGCAUGUGAUGAAAAUUCUGUUUGUACUGCGUUGUUUUUUAAACAUCCAAUCUAGCUAGUUAUUGCUGAUAAACACCUAUUUGCUUCUUC